GAGGGCCAGGUGAUUCGUGUCUCCUUCUCCAACCUGUUUAAGGAGUUCAAGUCCACAGCCACCUGGCUGCACUUCCCCUUCCUGUGUGGAGCGGCCAAGGGCUCGGUGUACGAGAGCACCGCAAAAACAGCCAGACACGGUAAAAACAUACAGUGAGGGAAAAAAGUAUUUGAUCCCCUGCUGAUUUUGUACGUUUGCCCACUGACAAAGAAAUGAUCAGUCUAUAAUUUUAAUGGUAGGUUUAUUUGAACAGUGAGAGACAGAAUAACAACAAAAAAAUCCAGAAAAAUGCAUGUAAAAAAUGAUAUGAAUUGAUUUGCAUUUUAAUGAGGGAAAUAAGUAUUUGACCCCCUCUCAAUCAGAAAGAUGUCUGGCUCCCAGGUGUCUUUUAUACAGGCAACGAGCUGAGAUUAGGAGCACACUCUUAAAGGGAGUGCUCCUAAUCUCAGCUUGUUACCUGUAUAAAAGACACCUGUCCACAGAAGCAAUCAAUCAAUCAGAUUCCAAGCUCUCCACCAUGGCCAAGACCACAGAGCUCUCCAAGGAUGUCAGGGACAAGAUUGUAGACCUACACAAGCCCUCGGCCUGGGGCUCCAUGCAAGAUCUCACCACAUGGAGUUGCAAUGAUCAUGAGAACGGUGAGGAAUCAGCCCAGAACUACACGGGAGGAUCUUGUCAAGGAUCUCAAGGCAGCUGGGACCAUAGUCACCAACAAAACAAUUGUUACCACACUACGCCGUGAAGGACUGAAAUCCUGCAGCGCCUGCAAGGUCCCCCUGCUCAAGAAAGCACAUAUACAGGGCCGUCUGAAGUUUGCCAAUGAACAUCUGAAUGAUUCAGAGGAGAACUGGGUGACAGUGUUGUGGUCAGAUGAGACCAAAAUCGAGCUCUUUGGCAUCAACUCAACUCGCCAUGUUUGGAGGAGGAGGAAUGCUGCCUAUGACCCCAAGAACACCAUCUCCACCGUCAAACAUUGAGGUGGAAACAUUAUUCUUUGGGGGUGUUUUUCUGCUAAGGGGACAGGACAACUUCCCUGCAUCAAAGGGACGAUGGACAGGGCCAUGUACCGUCAAAUCUUGGGUGAGAACCUCCUUCCCUCAGCCAGGGCAUUGAAAAUGGGUCGUGGAUGGGUAUUCCAGCAUGACAAUGAACCAAAACAAACGGCCAAGGCAACAAAGGAGUGGCUCAAGAAGAAGCACAUUAAGGACCUGGAGUGGCCUAGCCAGUCUCCAGACCUUAAUCCCAUAGAAAAUCUGUGGAGGAAGCUGAGGUUCGAGUUGCCAAACGUCAGCCUCGAAACCUUAAUGACUUGGAGAAGAUCUGCAAAGAGGAGUGGAACAAAAUCCCUCCUGAGAUGUGUGCAAACCUGGUGGCCAACUACAAGAAACGGCUGACCUCUGUGAUUGCCAACAAGGGUUUUGCCACCAAGUACUAAGUCAUGUUUUGCAGAGGGGUCAAAUACUUAUUUCCCUUAUUCUGUCUCUCACUGUUCAAAUAAACCUACCAUUAAAAUUAUAGACUGAUCAUGUCUUUGUCAGUGGGCAAACGUUUUUCUCUCACCGUACAUCAUCUCUGAACAUAUCGACAGAGUUACAACAACAAUCCUUGCCAAUCAUGUUCAAGCAAAACUGGUUGAAUUUUAACAACCAAAAGCUGGUCAUUUUAAUCAGAUUUGUCGAGUUUUGCCUUCUGGGAUGUCUUCACUGAACAUGGCUAAGCUAGCUAAUUACAAUCAUAUUGUGGUGUUCCUUGAUCAUGACCAAGUUCUUCUAUUGGCCAGAUCUGGUGGGUCCCGCCCCCUCUACGGUGCGUUGGACCUGUCUGAUGAUGGACCUGCAGUACGUUCUCUCUGUCUACCUCAACCGCCGCCACAGCCACCUGAAGACAAUCAAACUGUGUGCCAACAUGUCCGUGAAAAACAUGUUCACCAGUGACCUGGUGCUAGACCCUGGUGAGACUGAGACCCAAAGCUAUCACAGGGUUUAUAAUAGUGUUAUAAUGUAAUAUAGUGUUAGAUGCUUCAUAAUGUCAUGUCAGGUUAGGUUUACCAAUGACUGUGUAUGUGCACAAGAUGAAAUUGCACUGUGGUGAGCAAUGUGGGAGACAAUUCCUGGCUGAUAGACCAUUAGUCUGGUUUCAAUGUUUUGAAUGUUUCCACAGAACUAGCUAUUAGUUUUAUUUUCAUUGGUAAUAAUGUGUCAGCUUUUGUCAUUGAGGAAGAAUGUUCCAUAUACCGUUUGUGCACAUGUCCCCUUUUACAAUAAGAAAUUAAUAAGAAACGAAAACAUGGCCAAACAAUUACCUGGGAGCUUUGAAGGCCAGCGUGGUCGUGAACAGAGCACUGCACACCCAUUCAGUGUAGAGACAUACGCUCACCGGCCAGCUUAUUAGGUACACCCAUCUAUUACCAGGUCGGACCCACCUUUGCCUCCAGAACAACCUGAAUUCUUCGGGGAAUUCUACAAGGUGUCGGAAACAUUCCACAGGGAUUUUGGACCAUGCUGACGUGAUGGCAUCACGCAGUUGCUGCAGAUUGGACGGUGGGACAUUCAUGCUGCGUUCCAUCUCAUCCCAAAUAUGCUCUAUUGGGUUGAGGUCUGGGGACUGAGCAGGCCACUCAAGUAAACUGCACUCACUGUCAUGUUCUAGGCAAUGUUUUUCCAUUCCUCAAUAGUCUAGUGUUGGUGAUCACGUGCCCUCUGGAGCCGCUUCUUCUUGUUUUUAGCUGAAAGGAGUCGAACUCGGUGUGGUCAUCUGCUGCAAUAGCCCUUCCGUGACAAGGAUCGACGAGUUGUGCGUUCCGAGAUGCCGUUCUGCACACCGCUGUUUUACUGCGCCGUUAUUUGUCUGUUUGUUGCCCGACUGUUAGCUUGCACAAUUCUUGCCAUUUUCCUUCGACCUCUCUCAUCAACGAGCUGUUUUCGCCCACAGAACUGCUACUGACUGGAUGUUUUUUUUAUUUGUCGCACCAUUCUCUGUAAAUCCUAGACACUGUCGUGCGUGAAAAGCCCAGGAGGGUGGCUGUUUCUGAUACUGGAUCCGGCGCGCCUGUCACUGACAAUCAUACCACGCUCAAAGUUGCUUAGGUCUCUCGUUUUGCCCAUUCAAACGUUAAAUCGAACAGUAAUUGAAUGCCUCGAUGCCUGUCUACUUGCUUUAUAUAGCAAUCCACGGCCAUGUGACUCACUGUCUGUAGGAGCGAUCCAUUUUCAUGAUCGGGGUGGUGUACCUAAUAAACUGUGUAUAGCUACCACAUUGUUAAACAAAAAUAUAUUCAGGUUCAGGGCUUAUUUUCUUCAAGAUGUUCAAAAGCCUGGCCCUUAUCUCUGCAUUUUUAUAGAAAUCGUUUAAAUGCAGAGAAUCCUUCAGCUGAACCUACUUACAAGACCAUUUCCUUAGUUUGGCAUAUUUUUUAUUUGAGCAAAUGUUCAACAACAGCUGAACCUUCAACCUGCUUAUUUCAGACCAUUUCCUGAAUUUGAAGUGCGUAUUUUUUACUUGAAUGUUUUCUAAAACAGCGGAACCUACUUAUUCAUGGUCAAUUCCUGAGUUUGAAGUACUUACUUUAAUUUCAAAAUGAUUCUUCAAUUAAACCACAGUGCAAUUUACCAGGCUGUGUGGGGGUGCAAUCAAUUGUGUUCAUUCAAUGUGCCUCCCCCAUAGUUCUAGCCCGGCUCCAAGACUAAUCUAUCUCUUCAAUAUUCUUCAAGAAAUUCAAAUUUUUAUCCUUUGUUAUUUUCCCUCCAGGAGUGUCCUUCAACGAGGCAAAGCAGGCCGGGUUGGCGUCAUCUCUGGGCACAGGCCCCAUGCCCAGGGAGAUGUCCUUCCCUGUGCCCAAGGGAGGCAGCUGGCAUGACCUCUACGACUACAUCAGGUGGGUGGCCUCACUGGGGUGGUAUUCAAAUGGGAGAAAACUGAAUUGAAAAAGCGAGGGACUACCUGGACUUAUGUUUAAAACUUUUCAGCUACUUCUUUGUUUAUUCCAACAGGUUUCCAUCAGACGGAGCCAAGAUGCCCUUUGACUCCAUUCAGAAAGGCUAUCCCUGCCCUGUGUCUAGUAAGUGGACAACACUAUAACUCCUAGUAGUGUUUGAUUUACCUCAGUAAUCCCAAUGCAGUUAAGAAGAGAUGUGCCUAGGCAGCAAUUGUGACAAAAGCAGUGAUUACUAUGUUAGUGUAUAAUUACAGUAGAAUUAAAAUAUUAAUUGCAUAGUACAAAUUCGGUAGUAACAGCACAUGUUAUUGUUGUCUUGCCCCAGCAUGUUCCCCAGCAGAGAGGAGUCCCAUGAGAGAGAUGUCUCGUAGUGUGAACAUCAGCAAAUCAGUGCAGGACAGAGUGUCCCUCAUCCAGCAGAUCACCACCCCCAAACUAGUAAGACAAUAGCCUGGGUGUGUGGGUGGUUGGUUUUAUGUGUGUGAUCUUUGUGUCUAAAAUUGUAUUUUCAUGCUCUAAGAAAUGUGAACAUCUGUGCUCUUCCCAUUUUCUGUAUACAGUCUGUGUCAGACUGUCUGUUCUGUGUACAAUUACAAAUGUCUGUAUUUCGCAUUGUCAUAAAACUUGAUGAGCCUUUUCCUCCCCCAGCACCCGAGGCAUCGCACCACUCUGGUGACGUCCAGUAUUCCUGAGCUGGGAGUGGUCACAUCCGGCCUGAACGGCCAAGACACGUCACAGGACGACUGGAAUUACCAUGGCGACAACCUGGAAAGAGGUCAGGGGUCGAGGACCUCCAGGUCGCACCGCUCUGUUGUCAGGAUCCCAUUCACGGAUGAUGGGGGCGUGCACGUGUACGCACACACCGAGGAUGACAUCAACACCCACAGAGAGGACAGCGACGUAGAGGAGGUGAGAUUCACACCAUUUAGCAUUUGCGCACACACAUACACACACACACACCACUCAACUUACACCCCACCUUUAUGUAACAGACCUCCUUCACAAAGCUACUUCCUGUGCUUUCCCUGCUCCUACACAUUCCUGCUUUGUUUCUGUAUUGUUGAAGGAUUCCGUAUUCAUCCCUUUGCGUUUCCAGAUUGUGUGUACAGCAGUCUCAAGACCUGUCACUCUUCCCUCAGCCAAGGAAUCCCAACAGCGGGUAAGAAAAGACAAGAAAAAAGAGAUUGACUUUAGUUUUUGAAACACCUGACGACUUUGUUAGUUUCUGUACAAUGAUAUUGUACAAAAUAUUGUGUGAACCCAUACAGUUAUUGGUGUGAGUCAAAUACAACAGGUGUAGACCUUACAGUGAAAUUACUUACAAGCCCUUAACCAACAAUGCAAUUUUAAGAAAGAAUACCAAAAGAAAUACCCCAAAAACAUUAAAUAUAAGAAAUAAAAGUACGAAAUAAUUAAUGAGCAGCAGUAAAAUAACAAUAGCGAGGCUAUAUACAGGGGGUACCGGUACCGAGUCAAUGUGCGGGGGCACCGGUUAGUCGAGGUAAUUGAGGUAAUAGGUACAUGUAGGUAGAGUUAUUAAAGUGACUAUGCAUAGAUAAUAAACAGAGUAAUAAUAUAUAAUAAUAAUAAUAUAUUAUAGCAGCAGUGUAAAAGAGUAGGGGGUGGGCAAUGCAAAUAGUCUGGGUAGCCAUUUGAUUAGAUGUUCAAGUGUCUUAUGGCUUGGGGGUAGAAGCUGUUUAGAGCCUCUUGGACCUAGACUUGGCGCUCCGGUACCACUUGCCGUGCGGUAGCAGAGAGAAAAGUAUAUGACUAGGGUGACUGGAGUCUUUGACAAUUUUUAGGGCCUUCCUCUGACACCGCCUGGUAUGGCAGGAAGCUUGGCCCCAUGAUGUACUGGGCCGUACGCACUACCCUCUGUAGUGCCUUGCGGUCGGAGGCCGAGCAGUUGCCAUACCAGGCGGUGAUGCAACCGGUCAGGAUGCUCUCGAUGGUGAAGCUGUAUAACUUUUUGAGGAUCUGAGGACCCAUGCCAAAUCUUUUCAGUCUCCUGAGGGGGAAUAGGCUUUGUCGUGCUCUCUUCACGACUGUCUUGGUGUGUUUGGACCAUGAUAGUUCGUUGGUGAUGUGGACACCAAGGAACUUGAAGCUCUCAACCUGUUCCACUACAGCCCCGUCAAUGAGAAUGGGGGCAUGCUCGGUCCUCUUCUUUUUCCUGUAGUCCACAAUCAUCUCCUUUGACUUGAUCACGUUGAGGGAGAGGUUGUUGUCCUGGCACCACACGGCCAGGUCUCUGACCUCCUCCUUAUAGGCUGUCUCGUCGUUGUCAGUGAUCAGGCCUACCACUGUUGUGUCAUCGGCAAACUUAAUGAUGGUGGUGGAGUCGUGCCUAGCCAUGCAGUCAUGAGUGAACAGGGGGUACAGGAGGGGACUGAGCACGCACCCCUAAGGGGCCCCCGUGUUGAGGAUCAGCGUGGCAGAUGUGUUGUUACCUACCCUUACCACCUGGGGGCAGCCUGUCAGGAAGUCCAGGAUCCAGUUGCAGAGGGAGGUGUUUAGUCCCAGGGUCCUUAGCUUAGUGAUGAGCUUUGAGGGCACUAUGGUGUUGAACGCUGAGCUGUAGUCAUUUAAUAGCAUUCUCACAUAGGUGUUCCUUUUGUCCAGGUGUGAAAGGGGAGUGUGGAGCGCAAUAGAGAUUGCAUCAUCUGUGGAUCUGUUGGAGCAGUAUGCAAAUUGGAGUGGGUCUAGGGUUUCUGGGAUAAUGGUGUUGAUGUGUGCCAUGACCAGCCUUUUAAAGCACUUCAUGGCUACAGACGCCAGUGCAACCGGUCGGUAGUCAUUUAUGCAGGUUACCUUAGUGUUUUUGGGCACAGGGACUAUGGUGGUCUGCUUGAAACAUGUUGGUAUUACAGACUCAGACAGGGAGAGGUUGAUAAUGUAAAUGAAGACACUUGCAAGUUGGUCAGCGCAUGCUCGGAGUACACGUCCUGGUAAUCCGUCUGGCCCUGCGGCCUUGUGAAUGUUGACCUGUUUAAAGGUCUUACUCACAUUGGCUAUGGAGAGCGUGAUCACACAGUCGUCCGGAACAGCUGAUGCUCUCAUGCAUGUUUCAGUGUUACUUGCCUCGAAGCGAGCAUAGAAGUAAUUCAGCUCGUCUGGUAGGCUUGUGUCACUGGGCAUCUCGCGGCUGUACUUCCCUUUGUAGUCUGUAAUAGUUUGCAAGCCCUGCCACAUCCGACAAGCGUCGGAGCCGGUGUAGUACGAUUCGAUCAUAGUCCUGUAUUGACGCUUUGCCUGUUUGAUGGUUCGUCGGAGGGCAUAGCGGGAUUUCAUAUAAGCUUCCGGGUUAGAGUCCCGCUCCUUGAAAGCGGCAGCUCUACCCUUUAGCUCAGUGCGGAUGUUGCCUUGAAUCCAUGGCUUCUGGUUGGGGUAUGUACGUACAGUCACUGUGGGGACGACGUCAUCGAUGCACCUAUUGAUGAAGCCAGUGACUGAUGUGGUGUACUCCUCAAUGCCAUCGGAAGAAUCCCGGAACAUAUUCCAGUCUGUGCUAGCAAAAUAGUCCUGUAGCUUAGCAUCUGCUUCAUCUGACCACUUUUUUUAUUGACCGAGUCACCGGUGCUUCCUGCUUUAGUUUUUGCUUUUAAGCAGGAAUCAGGAGGAUAGAAUUAUGGUCAGAUUUGCCAAAUGGAGGGCGAGGGAGAGCUUUGUACGCGUGUCUGUGUGUGGAGUAAAGGUGGUCUAGAGUUUUUUUCCCCUCUGGUUGCACAUUUAACAUGCUAGUAGAAAUGAGGUAAAACUGAUUUAAGUUUCCCUGCAUUAAAGUCCCCGGCCGCUAGGAGCGCCGCCUCUGGAUGAGCGUUUUCCUGUUUGCUUAUGGCCGUAUACAGUUCAUUGAGUGCGGUCUUAGUGCCAGCAUCAGUUUGUGGUGGUAAAGACCGCUACGAAGAAUAUAGAUGAAAACUCUCUUGGUGGAUAGUGUGGUCUACAGCUUAUCAUGAGAUACUCUACCUCAGGCGAGCAAAACCUCGAGACUUCCUUAGAUAUCGUGCACCAGCUGUUGUUUACAAAUAUACAUAGACCGCCACCCCAUGUCUUACCAGAGGCUGCUGUUCUAUCCUUCCGAUACAAUGUAUAACCCGCCAGCUGUAUGUUAUUCAUGUCUUCGUUCAGGCACGACUCGGUGAAACAUAAGAUAUUACAGUUUUUAAUGUCCCAUUGGUAGGAUAUACGUGCUUGAAGUCUGUCCACUUUAUUAUCAAGCGAUUGUAAGUUGGCCAAUCGUAUCGAUGGCAAAGGCAGAUUAGCCACUCGUCGCCGGCUCCUUACCAGGCACCCCGAUCUCCUUCCACGAUAUCUCCUUUUCUUUCUUCUGCGAAUGACGGGGAUGAGGGCCCUGUCGGGUGUCUGGAGCAAAUCCCUCUCGUCCGACUCAUUAAAGAAAAAUUAUUAGUCCAGUUCGAGGUGAGUAAUCGCUGUUCUGAUGUCCAGAAGCUCUUUUCGGUCAUAAGAGACGGUAUCAGCAACAUUGUGUACAAAAUAAGUUACAAACAAUGCGAAAAAACACACAAUAUAGCACGGUUAGUUAAAAGUCCAUAAAACGGCAGCCAUUCCCUCCGGCGCCAUUGUACUUCAUUAUUCAGACCUGUCUCUCUCUGUGUAUUCAGAAGCUGCACCCUGACCCCAUCCUCAGGCUCAACAGAAUCAUUGGUUUCGGGGGAGCCACUAUGAAAUGUGUAAGUCUCAAGGUGGCACUGUGUUUGUUUUACGCAAUGAGAUACACUACCGGUCAAAAGUUUUAGAACAUCUACGCAUUCAAGGGUUUUUCUUUAUUUUUACUAUUUUCUACAAUGUAGAAUAAUAGUGAAGACAUCAACACUAUGAAAUAACACAUAUGGAAUCAUGUAGUAACUAAAAAAGUGUUAAACAAAUCAAUGUGUUUUAUAUUUGAGAUUCUUCAAAUGGCCACCCUUUGCCUUGAUGACAGCUUUGCACACUCUUGGCAUUCUCUCAACCAGCUUCACCUGGAAUGCUUUUCCAACAGUCUUGAAGGAGUUCCCACAUGCUGAGCACUGGUUGGCUGCUUUUCCUUCACUCUGUGUUUCGAUUAAUCCCAAACCAUCUCAAUUUGGUUGAGGUCGGGGGAUUGUGGAGGCCAGGUCAUCUGAUGCAGCACGCCAUCACUCUCCUUCUGUGGUAGCCAUGCUGGUUAAGUGUGUUUUGAAUUCUAAAUAAAUCACAGACAGUGUCACCAGCAAAGCACCCCUACACCAUCACACCUCCUCCUCCGUGCUUUACGAUGGGAAAUACACAUGCAGAGAUCAUCCGUUCACCCACACCGCGUCUCACAAAGACACAGCGGUUGGAUCCAAAAAUCUCCAAUUUGGACUCCAGACCAAAGGACACAUUUCCACCGGUCUAAUAUCCAUUGCUCGUGUUUCUUGGCCCAAGCAGGUCUCUUCUUCUUAUUGGUGUCCUUUAGUAGUGGUUUCUUUGCAGCAAUUCGACCAUGAAGGCCUGAUUCUCACACAGUCUCCUCUGAACAGUUGAUGUUGAUAUGUCUGUUACUUGAACUCUGUGAAGCAUUUAUUUAGGCUGCAAUUUCUGAGGCUGGUAACUAUAAUGAACUUAUCCUCUGCAGCAGAGGUAACUCUGGGUCUUCCAUUCCUGUGGCGGUCCUCAUGAGAGCCAGGUUCAUCAUUGCGCUGGAUGGUUUUUGCGACUGCACUUGAAGAAACUUUCAAAGUUCUUGAAAUGUUCAGUAUUGACUGACCUUCAUGUCUUAAAGUAAUGAUGGACUGUCGUUUCUCUUUGCUUAUUUGAGCUGUUCUUGACAUAAUAUGGACUUGGUCUUUUACCAAAUAGGGCUAUCUUCUGUAUAACCCCCUACCUUGUCACAACACAACUGAUUGGCUCAAACGCAUUAAGAAGGAAAGAAAUUCCACAAAUUCACUUUUAAGAAGACACACCUGUUAAUUGAAAUGCAUUCCAGGUGACUACCUCAUGAAGCUGGUUGAGAGAAUGCCAAGAGUGUGCAAAGCUGUCAAGGCAAAGGGUGGCUAUUUGAAGAAUCUCAAAUAUAAAAUAUAUUUUGAUUUGUUUAACACUUUUUUGGUUACUACAUGAUUCCGUAUGUGUUAUUUCAUAGUUUUGAUGUCUUCACUAUUAUUCUAAGUAGAAAAUAUUACAAAUAAAGAAAAACCCUUGACGGAGUAGGUGUUCUAAAACUUUUGACCGGUAGUGUAUGUUUAAAAAAAAAAGGUCACGUGAAAUCAUGUGAAAUAAAUAAAUGAGAACUUAUGAUUCAACGUUGCCGUAUAUUAGAUAUCAUACCAUUAUAUAUGUUACAAAUAUAAUAUCAGAAAUUAGUCUCUCUCUCUCUCUCUCUCUCUCUCUCUCUGUGAGAUCAUAUUUGACAAAACUACACUGCUCAAAAAAAUAAAGGGAACAGUAAAAUAACGCAUCCUAGAUCUGAAUGAAUGAAAUAAUCUUAUUAAAUACUUUUUUCUUUACAUACAGUGGGGGAAGUUCUCCCACUUAAAAAGAUGAGAGAGGUCUGUAAUUUUCAUCAUAUGUACACGUCAACUAUGACAUACAAAAUGAGAAAAAAUGAGAAUUUCUGUAAGUCUUCACAAGGUUUUCACACACUGUUGCUGGUAUUUUGGCCCAUUCCUCCAUGCAGAUCUCCUCUAGAGCAGUGAUGUUUUGGGGCUGUCGCUGGGCAACACAGACUUUCAACUCCCUCCAAAGAUUUUCUAUGGGGUUGAGAUCUGGAGACUGGCUAGGCCACUCCAGGACCUUGAAUGCAUCUUACGAAGCCACUCCUUCGUUGCCCGGGCGGUGUGUUUGGGAUCAUUGUCAUGCUGAAAGACCCAGCCACGUUUCAUCUUCAAUGCCCUUGCUGAUGGAAGGAGGUUUUCACUCAAAAUCUCACGAUACAUGGCCCCAUUCAUUCUUUCCUUUACACGGAUCAGUCGUCCUGGUCCCUUUGCAGAAAAUCAGCCCCAAAGCAUGAUGUUUCCACCCCCAUGCUUCACAGUAGGUAUGGUGUUCUUUGGAUGCAACUCAGCAUUCUUUGUCCUCCAAACACGACGAGUUUAGUUUUUACCAAAAAGUUAUAUUUUGGUUUCAUCUGACCAUAUGACAUUCUCCCAAUCCUCUUCUGGAUCAUCCAAAUGCACUCUAGCAAACUUCAGACGGGCCUGGACAUGUACUGGCUUAAGCAGGGGGACACAGGAUUUGAGUUCCUGGCGGCGUAGUGUGUUACUGAUGGUAGGCUUUGUUACUUUGGUCCCAGCUCUCUGCAAGUCAUUCACUAGGUCCCCCCGUGUGGUUCUGGGAUUUUUGCUCACCGUUCUUGUGAUCAUUUUGACCCCACGGGGUGAGAUCUUGCGUGGAGCCCCAGAUCGAGGGAGAUUAUCAGUGGUCUUGUAUGUCUUCCAUUUCCUAAUAAUUGCUCCCACAGUUGAUUUAUUCAAACCAAGCUGCUUACCUAUUGCAGAUUCAGUCUUCCCAGCCUGGUGCAGGUCUACAAUUUUGUUUCUGGUGUCCUUUGACAGCUCUUUGGUCUUGGCCAUAGUGGAGUUUGGAGUGUGACUGUUUGAGGUUGUGGACAGGUGUCUUUUAUACUGAUAACAAGUUCAAACAGGUGCCAUUAAUACAGGUAACGAGUGGAGGACAGAGGAGCCUCUUAAAGAAGAAGUUACAGGUCUGUGAGAGACAGAAAUCUUGCUUGUUUGUAGGUGACCAAAUACUUAUUUUCCACCAUAAUUUGCAAAUAAAUUCAUAAAAAAUCCUACAAUGUGAUUUUCCGGAUUUUUUUUCCUCAAUUUGUCUGUCAUAGUUGACGUGUACCUAUGAUGAAAAGUACAGGCCUCUCUCAUCUUUUUAAGUGGGAGAACUUGCACAAUUAGUGGCUGACUAAAUACUUUUUUUCCCCACUGUAGUUGAAUGUGCUGUCAACAAAAUCACACAAAAAUUAUCAAUGGAAAUCAAAUGUAGGUCUGGAUUUGGAGUCACCCUCAAAAUUAAAGUGGAAAACCACACUACAGGCUGAUCCAACUUUGAUUUAAUGUCCUUAAAACAAGUCUAAAUGAGGCUCAGUAGUGUGUGUGGCCUCCACGUGCCUGUAUGACCUCCCUACAACGCCUGGGCAUGCUCCUGAUGAGGUGGUGGAUGGUCUCCUGAGGGAUCUCCUCCCAGACCUGGACUAAAGCACUCCUGGACAGUCUGUGGUGCAACGUGGCAUUGGUGGAUGGAGCGAGACAUGAUGUCCCAGAUGUGCUCAAUUGGAUUCAGGUCUGGGGAACGGGCGGGCCAGUCCAUAGCAUCAAUGCCUUCCUCUUGCAGGAACUGCUGACACACUCCAGCCACAUGAGGUCUAGCAUUGUCUUGCAUUAGGAGGAUCCCAGGGCCAACCGCACCAGCAUAUGAUCUCACAAGGGGUCUGAGGAUCUCAUCUCGGUACCUAAUGGCAGUCAGGCUACCUCUGGCGAACACAUGGAGGGCUGUGCGGAAGAAAUGCCACCCCACACCAUGACUGACCCACCACCAAACCGGUCAUGCUGGAGGAUGUUGCAGGCAGCAGAACGUUCUCCACGGCGUCUCCAGACUCUGUCACGUCUGUCACAUGUGCUCAGUGUGAACCUGCUUUCAUCUGUGAAGAGCACAGGGCGCCAGUGGCGAAUUUGCCAAUCUUGGUGUUCUCUGGCAAAUGCCAAACGUCCUGCACGGUGUUGGGCUGUAAGCACAACCCCCACCUGUGGACGUCGGGCCCUCAUACCACCCUCAUGGAGUCUGUUUCUGACCGUUUGAGCAGACACAUGCACAUUUGUGGCCUGCUGGAGGUCAUUUUGCAGGGCUCUGGCAGUGCUCCUCCUGCUCCUCCUUGCACAAAGGCGGAGGUAGCAGUCCUGCUGCUGGGUUGUUGCCCUCCUACGGCCUCCUCCACGUCUCCUGAUGUACUGGCCUGUCUCCUGGUAGCGCCUCCAUGCUCUGGACACUACGCUGACAGACACAGCAAACCUUCUUGCCACAGCUCGCAUUGAUGUGCCAUCCUGGAUGAGCUGCACUACCUGAGCCACUUGUGUGGGUUGUAGACUCCGUCUCAUGCUACCACUAGAGUGAAAGCACCGCCAGCAUUCAUAAGUGACCAAAACAUCAGCCAGGAAGCAUAGGAACUGAGACGUGGUCUGUGGUCACCACCUGCAAAACCAGUCCUUUAUUGGGGGUGUCUUGCUAAUUGCCUAUAAUUUCCACCUGUUGUCUAUUCCAUUUGCACAACAGCAUGUGAAAUUUAUUGUCAAUCAGUGUUGCUUCCUAAGUGGACAGUUUGAUUUCACAGAAGUGUGAUUGACUUGGAGUUACAUUGUGUUGUUUAAGUGUUCCCUUCAUUUUUUUGAGCAGUGUAUAUGUCAUACACAAGUACUGUAUGUUUAAGCAAUAAGGCCCGAGGGGGUGUGGUAUAUGGCCAAUAUACCACAACUAAGGGCUGUUCUUAUGCACAACGCAACGCAGAGUGCCUGGAUACAGCCCUUAGCCAUGGUAUGUUGGCCAUAUACCACAAACACCCACAUUUCAAUAUUGCUAUUAUAAACUGGCUACCCACUUAAUUAGAGCAGUAAAAAUACAUGUUUACCACGGCUUUCAGCCAAUCAGCAUCCAGGAUUCAAACUACUCGGUUUAUAAAUACCAAUCUACUACCGCUCUCCCUGUAGGCUCUAUGGACUAAGUCUGGUGAUACGGUGGUGUAUCCCUGUCACGCCAUCAUCGUCUCCAUGAAGAUCUCCUCCGGACAGCAGAGGUUCUUCAUCGGCCACACUGAUAAGGUGUAACACACAGUUUAAUGAAAUAUGAAGAUAAUACACAACACACACUCACAAACAGCGGUGCUGUUGUCUUAGUAGGCCGUGCCACUUCAAAUACUUGGCCUGGCUGUUGCUGUUUGAUAAAACCUUAUCUGAUAAAAUACAUGAUUUCAGAGACUUUGUUGACGUUUUACAGUAACAGGUUUUGAAUGAAAUGCCACAGCAGGUAAUGGGAGUUGCAUGGUCUCUUUUGACACUAGCGCUGCAUUUUAUCAUUGUCAAAGUCAUCAAUGUCACCUCGCAGUGUGUUGUCUUUGUGUGUUGUCAGGUGUCUGCUCUCACGUUCAAUGGGAACAGCACAGUGCUGGCCUCGGCCCAGACUGGCAUUCAGAGUGUGGUGCGGGUGUGGAACUACCUCAAGGCCAACUGCUUGGCCAUGUUCAAGACCCACGCUCACUCACUGUCCUCGCUGAGGUGACUGUUCACACACAACCACAAACACACACACUCAGCCACAAGACCCAUGCUCAUUUGCUGACCUCAUUAAGGUGACCCUUCACAUAUAAACACACACACACGUCUCACCUCACAUCUCACCGUUAUGUAACACACCUCUUCACAUCUGACUUUCCCCUGUGCGUUCCUGGUCCAUUCUCCUCAUUGAGCUAAACACAUGCAUAUACAGUAUAAUACAACACACACAUUCGUUUUAAGGACUGAUAUUCACUCUGUUCAUGACUUGUCCUCCUUGUUUUCCUCAGCUUCUCCUACAGCGGUGGGGUUCUGUGUGGAGUGGGGAAAGACGGCCACAGUAAAACAGUAAGCGCCACAGCCAAUAUAGUCAUGAUAUGAUGCGUGACAAUGAAGAAUUGUUUGCAGAUAUUUUAUUCAAAGGAUACAUUCCAUGACUAAGAAGAAUGGUAUACAGAUUGUAUUCUUAAUAUAAUCCAUAUAUACAAUUCUGUCUAAACCAUUCUUCUUAGUCACAUUGUGGCUACUGCCUAGACAACCUUAUUCAGCCUUUAAUCUCGGUUUGUUUCAGGUUAAACAAUUCUCUUUCUUUUGGCCUUCUAGCUGCUUUCUUACCUGAAAACAAAAUAGUCUGUUUACGACGGCUACCCAGAUAGGGAGCAACCAAGGUCAAUAGACAAACACUUCAGCGCACUGCUUAGGGACCUAAUGAGAAAUGCUCUGAAAAAAUGCAAUCCAUCAUCAUUAUCAUCAUCAUUACUUUCACCGUGGUUUUGCAAUCUGUGUUAAUUACUUUUUGGUUGACUGAUUGUUGUGACUGUGAACAGAAAGUUAAUAGCUUGUUGUUUAGCGGUGGGGGCCUAAUUUCAAAUAAAUAAAUAAAUAUUUUAUUUGUCACAUGCUUCGUAAACAACAGGUGUAGACUAACAGUGAAAUGCUUACGGGUCCUUUUUGAACAAUGCAGAGUUAAAGAUAAAAAAUUGAAAUAGUGACACGAGGAAUAAAUAAAUACACUACCAGUCAAAAGUUUGGACACACCUACUCAUUCAAGGUUUUUCUAUAUUUUUACAAUUUUUUACAUUGUAGAUUAAUAGUGAAGACAUCAAAACUAUGAAAUAACACAAAUGGAAUCAUGUAGGAACCAAAAAAGUGUUAAACAAAUCAAAAUAUAUUUUAUAUUUGAAUUUCUUCAAAUAGCCACCCUUUGCCUUGAUGACAGCUUUGCACACUCUUGGCAUUCUCUCAAUCGGCUUCAUGAGGUAGUCACCUGGAAUGCAUUUCAAUUAACAGGUGUGCCUUCUUAAAAGUUCAUUUGUGGAAUUUCUUUCCUUCUUAAUGCGUUUGAGCCAAUCAGUUGUGUUGUGACAAGGUAGGGCGAGUAUACAGAAGAUAGCCCUAUUUGGUAAAAGACCAAGUCCAUAUUAUGUCAAGAACAGCUCAAAUAAGCAAAGAGAAACGACAGUCCAUCAUUACUUUAAGACAUGAAGGUCAGUCAAUACUGAACAUUUCAAGAACUUUGAAAGUUUCUUCAAGUGCAGUCGCAAAAACCAUCAGGCGCUAUUAUGAACUGGCUCUCAUGAGGACCGCCACAGGAAUGGAAGACCCAGAGUUAUCUCUGCUGCAGAGGAUAAGUUCAUUACAGUUACCAGCCUCAGAAAUUGCAGCCCAAAUAAGUGCUUCACAGAGUUCAAGUAACAGACACAUCUCAACAUCAACUGUUCAGAGGGGACUGUGUGAAUCAGGCCUUCAUGGUCGAAUUGCUGCAAAGAAACCACUACUAAAGGACACCAAUAAUAAGAAGAGACCUGCUUGGGCCAAGAAACACGAGCAAUGAACAUUAGACAGGUGGAAAUGUGUCCUUUGGUCUGAUCCAAAUUGGAGAUUUUUCGUUCAAGCCACCGUGUCUUUGUGAGACCAAGAAGGAGAGUGAUGGAGUGCUGCAUCAGAUGACCUGGCCUCCACAAUCCCCCAACCUCAACCCAAUUGAGAUGGUUUGGGAUGAGUCGGACGGCAGAGUGAAGGAAAAGCAGCCAACAAGUGCUCAGCAUAUGUGGGAACUCCUUCAAGACUGUUGGAAAAGCAUUCUAGGUGAAGCUGGUUAAGAGAAUGCCAAGAGUGUGCAAAGCUGUCAUCAAGGCAAAGGGUGGCUAUUUGAAGAAUCUGAAAUAUAAAAUAUAUUUUGAUUUGUUUAACACUUUUGGUUACUACAUGAUUCCAUAUGUGUUAUUUAAUAGUUUUGAUGUCUUCACUAUUAUUCUACAAUGUAGAAAAUUGUAAAAAUAAAGAAAAACUCUUGAAUGAGUAGGUGUCUCCAAACUUUUGACUUGUACUGUACAUAUUGAAUAACAAUUGUUGUGGCAAAUUCAUCCUUAUAUUGAUCAAAGUAUUUCCAGAGUUUUUGUAGAGGUGGUUUGCAAAGCAUCUCCUUUUCCACCUCCCAGCUCUGUUUAUAUAGUCAUUUUACAUACAUUUUAGCUUAACCCCUCCCUCUUGGGUUCCCCCACCACUGUCUCCAGUUUCCACCUCUUGACCGCUCCGCCCACUUCCUUAGUUUAUGAUAGUGGCGAAAUCUGAUUUCUCCUCUAUGUAUUCAGUUUGGAAGCAAUGGUGGUGCAAUCAAUCAAGCCCUGUCAUGCAAAAAUAAUCAUGUUCAGUUUGAACUCUGUUCAACCCCCGGCUCACCCUGGCUUGACCUGGAGAUUGAUUGUGGACCUGCCAUGUCCAACAGUCAAUCUCUCAAACAUACCCAAACAGGAUAUAUUAUAGACGGUAGCAGCAGUGGGUCUACCCUCUGUAGCGCCUUAUGGUCGGGUAUUUUGGUAUUUGGUAUUUUAUUAGGAUCCCCAUUAGCUGUUGCAAAAGCAGCAGCUACACUUCCUGGGGUCCACACAAAACAUGAAACAUGGCAUAAUACAGAACAUUAAUAGACAAGAACAGCUCAAGGACAGAACUACAUACAUUUUUAAAAAAGGCACACGUAGCCAUACAGUUGCUGAACCAAGCAGUGAUGCAGCCAGUCAAGAUGCUCUCAAUGGUGCAGCUGUAGAACUUUUGAAGAUCUGAGGGCCCAUGCCAAAUCUUUUAACCCUCCUCCACAGAUGGUGGUUGUGUGGAACACCCUGCGUGUCACUAAAGGAGGAGAGGUGUCUGUCCUGGCCAAAGCACACACCGACGUGGACAUACAGACCAUGAAGAUUGCCUUCUUUGAUGACACACGGUAACAUUACAGUCUAUCAUAGUUCAAUAUGUGAGGCUUCAUUCAGGAUUCAUAGGAAAUGGUUGUAGGAAUGUAUCCAUUCUAUCAUCUUGAGUUUGUGUCACUAUGAAAUAGAUUUUUGAAAUGUGUGUUGUGCGCAUGUAAGUUGCUUUGGAUAAGAGCGUUUGCUAAAUAACCAAAAUAUAAAUAUGUUCUUGUGUGUAUUUGCGCCCCAGGAUGGUGUCCUGUGGUCGAGAUAACAUCCGGUUGUGGCGCGUGCGGAACGGGGCCCUGCGGUCGUGUCCGGUCAACCUGGGGGAGUACCACGCCCUGGACUUCACCGACGUGGCCUUUGAGGAGGGUCACUCUGCUGACCGCGAGCCUGAGGACCGCACACUGUGAGUCCACACACUCCUUUCAGCUUUUAACCUUUCAUAUAUUGUUGUAGGCUAUGGCUACAUCCCAAAUGGCACCCUAACCUAUUCCCUUCUCUGGUCAAAAGUAGUGCACUAUAGAGGGAAUAGGGUGCCAUUUGGAGAUUCAAACUAUGAGCUUACUUACGUCUUCCUCCAAGCCCUGUAUAGUUCCAUUUCGGUGAAUCAGAACCCAGCGCCUUCUCUCUCUCUCUACUUCUCUCCCACUGAGCCUAUGAAAGGUUUGAAAAGCUCCACACAUCACUGCCUCUGAGUGACAGACACCUCACCUGCUGCAUCCUGUGUGAGAGAAAUUGACAUGUAACAUGUUUACCUGCUUUGUUUAACAAGUAGUAAGACAUUUCUGUCCUACUAAUGCUGUGUUUUUGUAAAGGGAUGGUUUCUACUCCAGCUCCCUGCAGCUAGUCUAGGCGUGUGGUCAAGGACAUGGGUUUUACUCGAGAUAUGAGCCUCUGAUGCUGGGCCUGGCAAUUGAUUUAGGGAUGGCUAGGUGAUAAAACCAACAGCCACUUUCCAUUUCAUGAUGAAUGGUGUGUGAGAGGGAGAUGUCCCUGAUCUGACUGAGCCUGCAUUUUCAUAGACUGAAUUGGUGUUUGUGUAAUGUAAGGUACUAGGGAGAGAUGGCUCGGGUAUGGAUAAUGUUAGUAAGAACCUUGUCUUGGGGUCCAAACCCUGGUUUCCAUACAAUGAGAACAGUCUUCAACGCAGAUACUGUCUGCUGUGAAUUAUUCAUGUCUUUCAUACAAAUCCUAACCUUUUGACCCAUUCCACACAUCUGCUGUUAGUCAUGUAGACUGAGACGGUGUAUCUUUACUAUAAAAUAUAUUUGUAUUGUCUGUAUGUCAGAGUUCUCAACCCAACAGUCAAGAGUGUUGGGUCGACCAGCCUCACUUACUACCUUAUUAAUACGUUUUGAAUAAAGUAAUAUCCUGAUUGGUGAUUGACCUCUCCUCAUUAUUGAUUAGAAUUUCCACGACAAUCCACACCACUCAAUCCCCUAAUAACCCGAUCUAAAGUACCUAACGCCUCCCACUCUCUGGAGAGGAGCCCAUAAGUGCUAAAUUCUCUAAUUCAGAAGACUUUGAGCCAUUAUGGAGCUUCAGUUUCCUCGUUUCCAAUAGAUUUGCCAGUAGCCGCAGCGGCCACAUCCUGGAGAUAGACUACGGGAGUGUGGCGAUCAAGAACGUCAGGAGACUGCUGCCCGCCCAGCAGCCCCACGCUCAGCGCCGGGAGAAACAGACCUUUAGCAUGGGUGAGAGGACGGGGGAGUGGAAGAGAGGGGGAUAGAGGGGGGAGGGAGGGAGUGGAAGAGAGGGAGGUAGAGAGCGAGAAAGAGAGGAGGAAAGAAAGGUAGAGAAGGGAGAGAUAUGGAGACGGGGAUAGAGAGUGAGACAGGUGGGGGUGGGGGGGGGGGGGGGGGGGGAUAGAGAAUGGUAAUUUGAGGUAAAAAGAGAAUCUCCAUUUGGGUGAGACAUGAGAUCACUUUAAACUGUGCUGUGUUGAACAAUAACAUUCUUCUCCUUCCCACCAGGUAUGGGCAUCGCUGUCAACAGCAUCAGCGUGUCAUCAGCGUUCUGCGCCACAGGCUCGGAGGACGGCUUUCUGCGGCUCUGGCCCCUGGACUUCUCCACCGUGUUCCUGGAGGCUGGUGAGAACAGGCACAGUCGAACAGCAGGGCCCCUUAGUUUAACAUUCAGCUCCAUCCCUGCUCGGUCUAUCAUUCAUCUACAUUUACAUUUUACAUUUUACUCAUUCAGGAGACACUCUAAUCCAGAGUGAUUUAGUCGGUGCAUUCAACCUAAGAUGGGUGAAAACAACCACAUAUCACUCAUUCCUAAAGUAAUAUGCAAAACCAGUGCCAGGAAGAAAAGACAUCUCACUCAGCCACAGUCAUUUGUUUUAUUCAGUAUGUCUGUCGCAUUCAACGUGUCAGUAUUGACUGGCAUCUAAAGAAUUGGUAACUUGUAAAUGUAAAUGUGGUUAGACUGUCUCUGAUAAACUGAAGGUGUUUGAAGACAGCCCAUAUCAAAGGGGUUUCCAGGUUGAAUCCCAGUCAAAGCACAUAUCAAAGAGCUAAAAUCUUAUUGCUCAUAUGAAUGGUUUCAAAGGAGGAUUCAGGGGAUUUUACAGUAAUGUAAUCGCUGCCAUUUAAUCAAAACCCACAUUCGCGCACACUGCCUCCCAUUUCCUUAGCCAACGCACUUUCUCAGCCUACAGUACACAGACACACACACUCCAGUGUUCCUCAGCCCCCCCAUGUCUUUCCUCCCCAGAACACGAGGGUCCUGUGAGCCUUGUGUCCGUGUCCGACGACGGCCUCAGCGUCAUGGCGGCCACCUCCAGCGGUAACCUGGGCUACCUGGACGUGAGCAGCCGCGGCUACAGCACCCUGAUGAGGUCACACACGGACGGCGUGCUGGGCUUCAGCGUGGACGGUAUCCGUCGGCGCAUCACCACCGCCUCUUGCGACCGCACCGUGCGCGUCUGGGACAUGGACUCCAUGCAGCAGGUGGGAACUCAAGCCCUGGAACGGAUGGCACACACUGAUGCUCAAAGCUACUAGGCUCAUUUUCAAACCCACAUAUUGUUUUCAUACUACUGAGCCGAAUUGAGACAAACCAAGCUGUACUGAGCUGGCCUGGUCACACAUCCACCAUAGUUGCUGGAACAAUGUUGAUAAGGAUAAUGCCACAGUUUGGUUCAGGUCGGCACGAUAGUAAGAAAACGGUAAGUGUUAUGUUUUUAGAGAAUUAUUGUAGAAUUUCUCUCACCUGAAAUAACUGACCUCUCAACCUUAGAAUUCUGACUGUUCUACCGUGAUCUUAUCUGACUGAAUCUCUUUACCUCAUGACUGUUAUGUGUCCUCUGGGCCUUCUCCAGCUGUAUGACUUUGUUUCUGAAGACACCCCCUGCUCCGUUGCCUUCCACCCCAGCCUGCAAGUCUUCUGCUGUGGAUCCAGCUCUGGCCUUGUCAGGGUCUUUGACAUCGCCAGCGCCAAACUACUGGCAGAACACAAGUAGGUAGACCCAGACUAGAGGAGAUACUGUAGUGUACAUAGUGGGUUCUGGAGUUGAUGGAUUAAUGAACAACAGAAGUUACGUGGUGCCUUGAUCCAACAGAAUCUAGAUACAGUCUCUGAGUUGCAAAAGACCUUGAGCACAGUUUUGCCUUGACUCGCAAUAAUCCCUUCAAUUCUGAUCACGUGCUGGAAGAUGCCAUAACCCAGCGGCCAAUUUGCCAGACAGGACUAGCUGUCGCUGCCAGUGGAUCAUACAUCUUGGUACUGACUGAAAUAUAUAGCCAGUUAACAGUUAGUGACUGUGUUUAUCCCACUAGCCGAGUCAUGUCAUUACAAUGACCUACCGUUAACCUCUCUGACACCACCACCACCCCUCACAAGGAAGUGUCAUACCUGUGACAUCUGCUGUGCCGCGAUCUUUCGCCCUCUUUGCCCAUUUCCUUUUGGCCUCUUACAGGCAUGGGUAAUGAAUGUGUAGGAAGGGUGACACAGACGUGGAUCUUGUCACAGCCUGUCAGUAGGUACCAGUGUGGUAUCUCGUUAUAGAGGAAUAGAGCAGAGGUCUUCUAGAGUUUCGAGAAUCUCUGAUUCGUGACUGAGCCACAUACACACACACACACACACACACACACACACACACACACACACACUGUCUAUAGGACAGAGUUUGCAGAAAGGCUAUUAUAGACACAUUGAUAAGGUCUUGUAUGAAUGUCGAGGCCACCUCCUCAGUUGAACACUUCAGUGUUAACGGGUGUGAAGGGUUAGAGAAUGAGAGAGAGAGCAUGGAAAUGGUUUUAUUUAAUACGUGAUUAGUGCAGCGAAGUUCUGGGUCUCGCUCUGUGACUUAUUGUAUUUGGGUGCUUGUUAACCCUUUACAAUCGUGGGAAUUGGCCUAUAUGGUGAGGACCCAAUUGAAAUGUUUCUAACUGAAGAACUACAGUAUGAGAAGCAUAUGCAUAACCAUGGUAGGAAUUGAAAGGGAACAAUUUUGAGAUUAUGUGAAAGUUAUUAAACCAAAGGUGAGGACAGAACAGUUCACCUGACACAAAUCUUUUAUGUGCAUUUUACUUUUACUGUACUUUUCGCAGCAUUUAUCAACAAUGAAAUCUGAAAAUACUCUGGAUACAUUCAGUAACGUAAUAAGAAUAUUCAUGAAGAAUGUGGGGUAGGUUUGAGUGAGGGGUCUAAAUGGUGUCUCCAGGUGGCCACACACCUCUCCAUUGUGCAGAGUUCCUAAGUACUUUCAAUGCACUUUUAUGACUCAAGGAAAGAGCUUUCAACUUUUCUGUGAUUUUCUUGAGCUCUCUUAGUUGUGCCGUUUAGUAACUGAAGCAAGCAGACUUGUAGAUCUUUGUUAGGAACACAGCCCAGCGUCAUCACCAUCACACAAUUACUGUUGUUAUUUACACAGUCCAAAAACUGUACAUUAUAAAUCUCAAUCUGGGUUAGUUGGGCAUCAUUUGAAAGCUUGUUCUAUUGCCAACAUGACUAGCUAAGUUCUAAAAUACAAUCUUACAUUGUUAGGCUUUCACAAAACAAUUCAUAGAAACAGAUAGUAAUGAGUGCAUUCAAUUUAUUUCAUUUAUUUUUAUUUCACCUUUAUUUAACCAGGUAAGCCAGUUGAGAACAAGUUCUCAUUUACAACUGCGACCUGGCCAAGAUAAAGCAAAGCAGUGCGAUAAAAACAACAACACAGAGUUACAUAUGGGGUAAAACAAAACAUAAAGUAAAAUAAAAUACAACAGAAAAUAUAUAUACAGUGUGUGCAAAUGUAGCAAGUUAUGGAGGUAAGGCAAAAAAUAGGCCAUAGUGCAAAAUAAUUACAAUUAGUAUUAAAACUGGAAUAAUAGAUGUGCAAGAUAUGAUGUGCAAAUAGAGAUACUGGGGUGCAAAUUAGCAAAAUAAAUAACAAUAUGGGGAUGAGGUAGUUGGGUGGGCUAAUUUCAGAUGGGCUGUGUACAGGUGCAGUGAUUGGUAAGAUCUAGAUUUAACUUUGGAUUGGAGAUGCUUAAUGUGCGUCUGGAAGGAGAGUUUACAGUCUAACCAGACACCUAGGUAUUUGUAGUUGUCCACAUACUCUAGGUCAGACCCGCCGAGAGUAGGGAUUGUAGUCGGGUGGGCGGCUGCCAGCAGCGUUCGAUUGAAGAUCAUGCAUUUAGUUUUACUAGUGUUUAAGGGCAGUUGGAGGCUACGGAAGGAGUGUUGUAUGGCAUUGAAGCUCGUUUGUUAACACAGUGUCCAAUGAAGGGCUAGAUGUAUACAAAAUGGUGUCGUCUGCGUAGAGGUGGAUCUGAGAGUCACCAGCAGCAAAAGCGACAUUGAUAUACACAGAAAAAAGAGUCGGCCCAAGAAUUGAACCCUGUGGUACCCCCAUAGAGACUGUCAUAGGUCCAGACAGCAGGCCCUCCGAUUUGACACAUUGAACUCUAUCUGAGAAGUAGAUGGUGAACCAGGCGAGGCAGUCAUUUGAGAAACCAAGGCUAUUUAGUCUGCCAAUAAGAAUGCGGUGGUUGACAGAGUCGAAAGCCUUGGCCAGGUCGAUGAAGACGGCUGCACAGUACUGUCUAUUAUCGAUCGCAGUUAUAAUAUCAUUUAGGACCUUGAGCGUGGUUGAGGUGCACCCAUGACCAGCUCGGAAACCGGAUUGCAUAGCGGAGAAGGUACGGUGUGAUUCGAAAUGGUCGGUGAUCUGUUUGUUAACUUGGCUUUCAAAAACUUUCGAAAGGCAGGGCAGGAUGGAUAUAGGUCUGUAACAGUUUGGAUCUAGAGUGUCACCCCCUUUGAAGAGGGGGAUGACCGCGGCAGCUUUCCAAUCUCUGGGGAUCUCAGACGUUACGAAAGAGAGGUUGAACAGGCUAGUAGUAGGGGUUGCGACAAUUUCGGCGGCUAAUUUUAGAAAGAAAGGGUCCAGAUUGUCUAGCCCAGAUGAUUUGUAGGGGUCCAGAUUUUGCAGCUCUUUCAGAACAUCAGCUGUCUGAAUUUGUGUGAAGGAGAAGCGGGGGGGGGGGGAGCAUGGGCAAGUUGCAGCGGAGGGUGCAGAGCUGGUGGUCGGGGUAGUGGUAGCCAGGUGGAAAGCAUGGCCAGCCGUAGCAAAAUGCUUGUUGAAAUUCUCAAUUAUUGUAGAUUUAUCGGUGGUGAUAGUGUUUCCUAGCCUCAGUGCAGUGGGCAGCUGGGAGGAGGUGCUCUUAUUCUCCAUGGACUUUACAGUGUCCCAAAACUUUUUGGAGUUAGUGCUACAGGAUGCAAAUUUCUGUUUGAAAAAGCUAGCCUUUGCUUUCCUAACUGCUUGUGUAUAUUGGUUCCUAACUUCCCUGAAAAGUUGCAUAUCGCGGGGGCUAUUCGAUGCUAAUGCAGUACGCCACAGGAUGUUUUUGUGCUGGUCAAGGGCAGUCAAGUCUGAGGAGAACCAGGGGCUAUAUCUGUUCAAGUGCAUGUUCCGCUGCUAAUUUUCUUCACAAUAAACAAACAGGCUCAUUCUGUUCAGAACAACCCAGGGUAUGACGCUAUGUCAUCCUUGUAACUGUACAGUACCAUUCAAAAGUUUGGACACACCUACUCAUUCAAGGGGUUUUAUUUAUUUUUACUAUUUUCUACAUUGUAGAAUAGUAGUGAAGACAUCAAACUAUGAAAUAACAUAUAUGGAAUCAUGUAGUAACCAAAAAAGUGUUAAACAAAUCAAAAUAUAUUGUAUAUUUGAGAUUCUUCAAAUAGCCACCCUUUGCCUUGAUGACAGCUUUGCACACUCUUGGCAUUCUCUCAACCAGCUUCACCUGGAAUGCUUUUCCAACAGUCUUGAAGGAGUUCCCACAUAUGCUGAGCACUUGUUGGCUGCUUUUCCUUCACUCUGCGGUCCGACUCAUCCCAAACCAUCUCAAUUGGGUUGAGGUCAGGGGAUUGUGGAGGCCAGGUCAUCUGAUGCAGCACUCCAUCACUUUCCUUCUUGGUAAAAUAGCCCUUACACAGCCUGGAGGUGUGUUGGGUCAUUGUCCUGUUGAAAAACAAAUGAUAGUCCCACUAAGCCCAAACCAGAUGGGAUGGCGUAUCGCUGCAGAAUGCUGUGGUAGCCAUGCUGGUUAAGUGUGCCUUGAAUUCUAAAUAAAUCACAGACAGUGUCACCAGCAAAGCACCCCCACACCAUAACACCACCUCCUCCAUGCUUUACGGUGGGAACUACACAUGUGGAGAUCACCAUUCACCCACACCACGUCUCACAAAGACGGCGGUUUGAACAAAAAAUCUCCAAUUUGGACUCCAGACCAAAGGACAAAUUUCCAAUCUAAUGUCGAUUGCUCGUGUUUCUUUGCCCAAGUAGGUCUCUUCUUAUUAUUGGUGUCCUUUAAUAAUAAUAAUAUGCCAUUUAGCAGACGCUUUUAUCCAAAGCGACUUACAGUCAUGCGUGCAUACAUUUUUUUGUGUAUGGGUGGUCCCGGGGAUCGAACCCACUACCUUGGCGUUACAAGCGCCGUGCUCUACCAGCUGAGCUACAGAGGACCACAGAGGACCACUUUAGUAGUGGUUUCUUUGCAGCAAUUCGACAAUGAAGGCCUGAUUCACACAGUCCCCUCUGAACAGUUGAUGUUGAGAUGUGUCUUUUACUUGAACUCUGUGAAGCAUUUAUUUAGGCUGCAAUUUCUGAGGCUGGUAACUCUAAUGAACUUAUCCUCUGCAGCAGAGGUAACUCUGGGUCUUCCAUUCCUGUGGUGGUCCUCAUGAGAGCAAGUUCAUCAUAGCGCUUGAUGGUUUUUGCGACUGCACUUGAAGAAACGUUCAAAGUUCUUGAAAUGUUCCGUAUUGACUGACCUUCAUGUCUUAAAGUAAUGAUGGACUGUCGUUUCUCUUUGCUUAUUUGAGCUGUUCUUGCCAUAAUAUGGACUUGGUCUUUUACCAAAUAGGGCUAUCUUCUGUAUACCACCCCUUCCUUGUCACAACACAACUGAUUGGCUCAAACGCAUUAAGAAGGAAAGAAAUUCCACAAAUGAACUUUUAAGAAGGCACACCUGUUAAUUGAAAUGCAUUCCAGGUGACUACCUCAUGAAGCUGGUUGAGAGAAUGCCAAGAGUGUGCAAAGCUGUCAUCAAGACAAAGGGUGGCUAUUUGAAGAAUCUCAAAUAUAAAAUAUAUGGUUACUACAUGAAUCCGUAUGUGUUAUUUCAUAGUUUUGAUGUCUUCACUAUUAUUUGACAAUGUAAAAAAUAAAGAAAAUCCCUUGAAUGAGUAGGUGUGUCCAAACUUUGGACUGGUAGUGUACAUCAAACAUAGCGAUCAUAAACGUUGAUCCUGUAAAUUACAUGAGUUUUAUAUGGACAAGUGCACAUUUGGACUCACAGGUGUGUGGUUUGCUUGUAUGACAUCAAAGUGCUGUUUAUUAUAAUCCUCGACGUGUCAUCUUUCAGAACACCUCGAGUCCUCUUGUGUUUUGUUUCUGCAGGCAGCACAGAGGGGAGGUGGUGGGCCUGGCCUUCUCUCCAGAUGGAGAGUUUAUGUACAGCGCUGGCUCCCUGGGUGCUCUGGCUCUCUACAACUCCUCUCAGGAAGAUCACCAUGUACUCCGAGUACUAGGUGAGUUAACACUGACAAACACACACACUAUACAGCUAGAGCUGGUUGAAUUAGCUGGUAUGUUAUGAAUGGAAUGGAAGAUAGAACCCUUCACCUUCAGAAAUACAAGGACUGCACUCAGUGUAUUGUAUUGCAUUGCAUUGUAUUGUCCUGAUAUUACCUGUCGGACAGCUCCAUCUCCAGUGAAGGUACUGGAUCUUCAGUGAUUUACAGGCAGGCCCUAAAAUUAACACCUGCCACUAGCGGGUAGAUUUUGGCAUUGGCGGGUAAGAUGUCCAUUUCACCAGCCACGUUGGCGGGUGGUCAGGGCUCCACAGUGCAAGCAUUUCACUCACAUUUGUGAAUAAAAGUAGUCAAGUAUGAUCACAUUUAUAAUAAAGUAAAUGCUGCAGUAGCUGUUUUCAAAGUAUUUCUGAUGUUUUGUUUCAUAGCUGGUAAAUUAAUCGCACAAAGCCAAAGCACUACGAAUCCAACUAUAGCCUAUUCCACCUCGCACUGCAACACUGCUUGGCUGGGGGCUGUGCGCAUGUGGAGAUUCAUUUUUAGUCUUAAAAGAAGCACUGCGCACAGGCAUAAAAGUUGGUCUAAUUUACUUGAAAUGAAAGUCUACUGAAGAGAGACUUUGUCCUUGUGAUUCUUGGCAAUUUACAUUGUUUUGUUCACAAGCUAGGUUGUUUUUUUAUGUUUGAUUUUCAACCGCUAGGGAAGGAAAAGAUGAUGCUUCUACUAGUCAGACUCAAUCUCACAGGCACAAACAUGACUGGAGUCGCGUUACCACAGUAACCUCCCGCUCUUAAAGGGGCAGGUGAACAUUCUUGUCUCAUCUGUGAUAUUUUGGUUAAAAGACUCAGGUCACAAAAAAUGAAAUUAAACAACAUACCACAUUACUUCUUACUAGUAAUACAUUUAUUGUUUUAGAAACGUUACAAAGCAUACUCAUCUGUUUUAUGUGUGUGUUGGUGUAAUUUUAAUGAUUUUGUUUUGUUUUGGCUGGUAAAAAAUCUGAGUGGCUGGUAGAUUUUAAAAUCUACCUGCCACAGUGGCUGGUGGACAAAAAAUUACAUUUUAGGCCCUGCUUAUAGGCAACACACCCUCCCUCAUCCUCUUUUUGUGUAGGUAACGUGGUGGCGCGAGGCACUGAUCGUGCUCCUGAUGCCCUCACAGUAAGCAGUGACAAUCGCUGUCUGGCCUUCGUCGGGCCGUCUGAGUACACCGUCACCAUCAUGGACGCCCGCUCACUGGAUGAGGUACUGUUUGUUCUCUUACAAUCAACUAAAUGUCUUCCCCCUGUUAUUGUGCCAGUCAAUUCGUCUUUGAGCUUUGUUUUCCUGUGAUAUGUGGCUUGGACGACUUCUGCAUUUAUUGUUAAAAUUAUAGUGUAAAAAAUAUAGUGAUUUACACUGUACUUCCCAAAUGGAAGGUCAGGACCAACUGCUGUGUCUCUGCAAUUCUUUUGGCAGAGACAAAGUAAGUUUCAAGUAGACCACCAUAGUCCCUGUGCCCAAGAACGCCAAGGUAACCUGUCUAAAUGACUAUCGCCCCGUAGCACUCACAUCUGUAGCCAUGAAAUGUUUUGAAAGGCUGGUCAUGGCUCACAUCAACAACAUCUUUCCAGACACGCUGGACCCAAUCCAAUUUGCAUACCGCCCCAACAGAUCCACAGAUGACACAAUCUCUAUUGCACUCCACACUGCCCUUUCCCACCUGGACAAGAGGAACACCUACGUGAGAAUGCUGUUCAUUGACUACAGCUCAGCGUUCAACACCAUAGUGCCCUCAAAGCUCAUUACUAAGCUAAGGACCCUGGGAUUGAACACCUCCGUCUGCAUCUGGAUCCUGGACUUUCUGACGGGCUGCCCCCAGGUGGUGAGGGUAGGCAACAACACCUCCGCCACGCUGUUCCUCAACAUGGUGGCCCCACAGGGAUGUGUCCUUAGUCCCCGCCUGUAGUUCCUGUUCACCCAAGACUGCGUGGCCGCGCAUGACUCCAACGCCAUCAUUAAGUUUGCUGACGACAUGACGGUGGUAGGCCUGAUCACCGACGACGAUGAGACAGCCUAUAAGGAGGAGGUCAGUGUGGUGCCAGGACAACAACCUCUCCCUCAACGUCAGCAAGACAAAGGAGCUGAUCGUGGACUACAGGAAACGGAGGGCCGAGUACGCCGCCAUUCACACCGGCAGGGCUCUAGUGGAGCGGGGCAAGAGCUUCAAGUUCCUCGGGGUCCACAUCACUAAGGAUCUAUCAUGGUCCACACACACCAACACCGUCGUGAAGAGGGCACGACAACGCCUCUUCCCCCUCAGGAGGCUGAAAAGAUUUUGCAUGGGCCCUCAGAUCCUCAAAAGGUUAAACAGCUGCACCAUUGAGAGCAUCUUGACUGGCUGCAUCACCGCUUGGUAUGGCAACUGCUUGGCAUCCGACCGCAAGGCGCUACAGAGUGUACUGCGUACGGCCAAGUACAUUACUGAGGCGGAGCUCCCUGAAAUCCAGGACCUCUAUACCAGGCGGUGUCAGACUCCAGCCACCGAGGUCCUAGACUGUUCUCUCUGCUACCGCACUGCAAGCAGUACCGAUGCACCACUUUAUUUCUUGUUAUAUGUACAUAUUUACCUCAAUUACCCUGCACAUCGACUCGGUACUGGUAUAUAGCCAAGUUAUCGUUACUCAUUGUGUUUUAUUAUUACUUUUAUUGUUACGUGUUUUACUUUGCUAUUAUUUCUCUAUUUUCUUUCUCCUUGCGUUGUUGGGAAGGGCCCUUAAGUAAGCAUUUCACUGUUAGUCUAUACCUGUAGUUUACGAAGCAUGUGACAAAUAAAAUGUGAUUUGAACAAGUUCUGAUGUGUAUCUGAGCUGAGGUAACAUGAUGUUAUAUAUCCUAUCACCCAGCUGCUGCGUGUGGACGUGAGUAUCCUGGAUGUGGAGAGCACCAGUCUGGACUCGGCCCUGAAGGUUGUGUUUCUCCCCGGCCUCCACCGGACACCUACUGGUCACCACCUCCGCCAACAAGAUUCUGUGGAUUAGCGCUAACACCGGACGACUGCUCAGAGAGGUAGUGGUACUGAUGUGCAUGCAGUCUCUCUGUUUCUGAGCUGUGUGUGUGUCUGUGCGUGUGGGAGAUGCACUACAUUACCAAAAGUAUGGGGACACCUGCUCGUCGAAAAUCUAAUUCCAAAAUCAUGGGCUUUAAUAUGGAGUUGGUCCCCCCUUUGCUGCUAUAACAGCCUCCACUCUUCUAGGAAGGCUUUCCACUAGAUGUUGGAACAUUGCUGUGGGGACUUGCUUCCGUUCAGCCACGAAUAUUAGUGAGGUCGGGCACUGAUGUUGGGCGAUUAGGCCUGGCUCGCAGUCGACGUUCCAAUUCAUCCCAAAGGCGUUCGAUGGGGUUAAGGUCAGGCUCUGUGCAGGCCAGUCAAGUUUUUCCACACCGAUCUCGACAAACUAUUUCUGUAUGGACCUCGCUUUGUGCACGGGGGCAUUGCCAUGCUGAAACAGGAAAGGGCCUUCCCCAAACUGUUGCCACAAAGUUGGAAGCACAGAAUCGUCUAGAAUUUCAUUGUAUGCUGUAGCGUUAAGAUAUACCUUCACUGGAACUAAGGGACCUAGCCCGACCCAUGAAAAACAGGCCCAGACCAUCAUUCCUCCUCCACCAAUCUUUACAGUUGGCACUAUGCAUUGGGGCAGGUAGCGUUCUCUUGGCAUCUUCCAAACCCAGAUUAGUCCGUCAGACUGCCAGAUGGUGAAGCGUGAUUCAUCACUCCAGAAAACACGUUUCCACUGCUCCAGAGUCCAAUGGCAGCGAGCUUUACACCACUCCAGCCAACACUUGGCAUUGCGCAUGGUUGUCUUAAGCUUGUAUGCGGCUGCUCGGCCAUGGAAACCCAUUUCAUGAAGCUCCCGACGAACAGUUCUUGUGCUGACGUUGGUUCCAGAGGUAGUUUGGAACUCGGUAGUGAGUGUUGCAACCGAGGACAGACGAUUUUUACGCGCUGCGCACUUCAGCGCCCAGUGGUCCCGUUCUGUGAGCUUGUGUGGCCUACCACUUCCUGGCUGAGCCGUUGUUGCUCCUAGACGUUUCCACUUCACAAUAACAGCACUUACAGUUGACCGGGCAGCUCUAGCAGGGCAUAAAUUUGACGAACUGACAUGUUAGAAAGGUGGCAUCCUAUGACGGUUCCACGUUGAAAGUCACUGAGCUCUUCAGUAAGGCCAAUGUUUGUCUAUGGAGAUUGCAUGGCUGUGUGCUCGAUUUUAUACACCUGUCAGCAAUGGGUGUGGCUGAAAUAGCCGAAUCCACUAAUUUGAAGAGGUGUCCACAUACUUUUGUGUAUAUAUAGUGUAUGUGUGUGUUUGUGUGACAUAGUUGAUGUGCACAAUACAGUGAUGUGUGUUGUAUUAAAGGUGAAGAUUAUCUUUGGCACUGAAUUUUAUAAAGAGAUGUUUUUAUAUUUUUACAUUUUAGUCAUUUAGCUGAUGCAACUUACAGUUAGUGCAUUCAUCGUAAUAAGGUAGCUAGGUGAGACAACCACAUAUCACAAUCAUAGUAAGUAAAAAGUUUCCUCAACAAAGCAACUAACAGCAAAAUAAGUGCUAGUAAGAAAAGUGCGGGUGUUUUGGUGUUUUUUAUUUUUUAUUAAUCAAGAUACUUAAGAUAUCUUUACUUUGUUUUGGUAGAGUUCUUCAUUGCUUAUUGUGUAUGGUGUCCCUGCCAGGUGUCUAAGGCACAUAAGCACCAGUGUUCCUCUCUGGCAGUGAGUGAGGAUGGACGUUUCUUACUGACAGCAGGACACAAUGCUGUGAAGGUGUGGGAUUACAGCAUGCAGCUGGAUGUCAACUCACAGGUAAAGUUGAUUGGUUUAGGUUACCAUGCCAACCAACAUUUUAAUUAGCAAUUUAUGGAAUUUAGGAUCAUGAUCUUACCAAAUUUCAAAUAGUUUGAAUGGUGUGACGUUAUUCAUUGAAAUGUGUUGAUUGAAUACAUCAUUCCAUCCCAGAUGUUCAUAGGACACAGCCAGCCUAUUCGCCAGGUGAACUUCUCCCCAGACCAGAUGGCCGUGGUCUCAGUAGGAGACGCCAUCUUCUUCUGGGACUUCCUGGCCCACCCUCAGGAGGCUGGAACUGACAGACGGUGAGUCUGUCAAUGUCUGUCUGUCCCCAAAAAAUUAUCCACAGUGGCAUUGCAUUACUAUACUGUUGUAAAUUGUAUAAGAAGGUCGUAUUCAUGCAUCUGUAAUUUAUUGGUUUUACAUUUUUCUCUCUCGCAGUUCACCACCAAAGGCAGCCUCUGUUUCGCCUCCUAAACCAGGUAAAUACAAAUACAUUCAUACCAUAAUUUCAAAGGUUGCAGUAAACAGAAUACCAUGUACAGAAGUAAGUCUUCUAGUUUUGCCUAUCAAUAGAUAAUCAGAAAUUGGGAUGUUCUACUGUAGCCCCUAAAGGUCAUUCAGAGUCAGAGGUCAGCAGCAGGCUGCUCUCCAAUGGAAUGCCUCGACGGACAGCGCCCCUUCCCUCCUCACCCCUGCCCUGUUUGGACAUUAGCUCCAUAGACAGGAUUGGACAAGAAGGUGAGAUUCGCUGCUCUCUUUUUCAUCUAGUUUUUUUCCAGCUUUGCUUUUAUGUGUCUCACCCUUACUUGGAAAAUUACCAUUAGCACCAACCCUUGGAAAAGUGUGCAAAAAACAGUAUGGUGAUUGUUCCACCUAGCCCGCCAUUGGGAGCUUCCACCAUUUUGCUUAUGACUUCCUGCAAACACAGAAAGAGAAGGAGCUAGGGAUUGUUUUACAACCGGCCUAAAGUAUCAUGUUCUCCUCCACUUUGCCCUCUCCUGUGUCUCCCUCUUUCCUCCUUAAGCUCUGGGACGCCUGUCUCUGUGUGAGGAGGAUACUGACGAGGUUCUUCCCAGCCCUGCCCCGGCAGGCCCCUCCCCUCGCCCUGCGUCUGGCUCCUUUCUCAAAGUCACUGAGAUGGUGGCGGGCGGAGUCUCUUCAUCAACCCUGAAGGCCAGUCUGAAGAGAGCAGCAGACAAUGGUAAAUUAUUUAUAUAUAUAUAUAUAUACACACACAGUGGGGAGAACAAGUAUUUGAUACACUGCCGAUUUUGCAGGUUUUCCUACUUACAAAGCAUGUAGAGAUCUGUAAUUUUUAUCAUAGGUACACUUCAACUGUGAGAGACGGAAUCUAAAACAAAAAUCCAGAAAAUCACAUUGUAUGAUUUUUAAGUAAUUAAUUUGCAUUUUAUUGCAUGACAUAAGUAUUUAAUACAUCAGAAAAGCAGAACUUAAUAUUUGGUACAGAAACCUUUGUUUGCAAUUACAGAGAUUAUACGUUUCCUGUAGGUCUUGACCAGGUUUGCACACACUGCAGCAGGGAUUUUGGCCCACUCCUCCAUACAGACCUUCUCCAGAUCCUACAGGUUUCGGGGCUGUCGCUGGGCAAUACGGACUUUCAGCUCCCUCCAAAGAUUUUCUAUUGGGUUCAGGUCUGGAGACUGGCUAGGCCACUCCAGGACCUUGAGACGCUUCUUACGGAGCCACUCCUUAGUUGCCCUGGCUGUGUGUUUUGGGUCGUUGUCAUGCUGGAAGACCCAGCCACGACCCAUCUUCAAUGCUCUUACUGAGGGAAGGAGGCGAGUGGAGUUUAGACCAAAAAGCUCUAUUUUUGUCUCAUCAGACCACAUGAACUUCUCCCAUUCCUCCUCUGGAUGGUCAUUGGCAAACUUCAGACGGGCCUGGACAUGCGCUGGCUUGAGCAGGAGGACCUUGCGUGCGCUGCAGGAUUUUAAUCCAUGACGGCGUACUGUGUUACUAAUGUUUUUCUUUGAGACUGUGGUCCCAGCUCUCUUCAGGUCAUUGACCAGGUCCUGCCGUGUAGUUCUGGGCUGAUCCCUCACCUUCCUCAUGAUCAUUGAUGCCCCACGAGUUGAGAUCUUGCAUGGAGCCCCAGACCGAGGCUGAUUGACCGUCAUCUUGAACUUCUUCCAUUUUCUAAUAAUUGCGCCAACAGUUGUUGCCUUCUCACCAAGCUGCUUGCCUAUUGUCCUGUAGCCCAUCCCAGCCUUGUGCAGGUCUACAAUUUUAUCCCUGAUGUCCUUACACAGCUCUCUGGUCUUGGCCAUUGUGGAGAGGUUGGGGUCUGUUUGAUUGAGUGUGUGGACAGGUGUCUUUUAUACAGGUAACGAGUUCAAACAGGUGCAGUUAAUACAGGUAAUGAGUGGAGAACAGGAGGGCUUCUUAAAGAAAAACUAACAGGUCUGUGAGAGACGGAAUUCUUACUGGUUGGUAGGUGAUCAAAUACUUAUGUCAUGCAAUAAAAUGCAAAUUAAUUACUUAAAAAUCAUACAAUGUGAUUUUCUGGAUUUUUGUUUUAGAUUCCGUCUCUCACAGUUGAAGUGUACCUAUGAUAAAAAUUACAGACCUCUACAUGCUUUGUAAGUAGGAAAACCUGCAAAAUCGGCAGUGUAUCAAAUACUUGUUCUCCCCACUGUAUAUACACACUACCAGUCAAAUGUUUUAGAACACCUACUCAUUCCAGGGUUUUUCUUUAUUUUUACUAUUUUCUACAUUGUAGAAUAAUACUAAAGACAUCAAAACUAUGAAAUAACACAUAUGGAAUCAUGUAGUAACCAAAAAAGUGUUAAACAAAUCAAAGUAUAUUUUACAUUUGAGAUUCUUCAAAUAGCCACCCUUUGCCUUGAUGACAGCUUUGCACACUCUUGGCAUUCUCUCAACCAGCUUCAUGAGGUAGUCACCUGGAAUGCAUUUCAAUUAACAGGUGUGCCUUCUUAAAAGAUAAUUUGUGGAAUGUAUUUCCUUCUUAAUGCGUUUGACCCAAUCAGUUGUGUUGUGACAAGGAAGGGGUGGUAUACAGAAGAUAGCCAUAUUUGGUAAAAGACCAAGUCCAUAUUAUGGCAAGAACAGCUCAAAUAAGCAAAGAGAAACGACAGUCCAUUAUUACUUUAAGACAUGAUGGUCAGUCAAUCUGCAAAAUUUCAAGAAGUGCAGUUGCAAAAACCAUCAAGUGCUAUGAUGAAACUGGCUCUCAUAAGAACCGCCACAGGAAUGGAAGACCCAGAGUUCCCUCUGCUGCAGAGGAUAAGUUCAUUAGUUACCAGUCUCAGAAAUUGCAGCCCCAAUAAAUGCUUCACAGAGUUCAAGUAACAGACACAUCUUAACAUCAACUGUUCAGAGGUGAAUCAGGCCUUCAUGGCCGAAUUGCUGCAAAGAAACCACUACUAAAGGACACCAAUAAGAAGAAGAAACUUGCUUGGGCCAAGAAACGCAAGCAAUGGACAUUAGACCGGUGGAAUUUUGUCCUUUGGUCUGGAGUCCAAAUCUGAGAUUUUCUUUGUGAGACUCGGUGUGGGUGAACGGAUAAUCUCUGCAUGUGCACACUUAACCAGCAUGUCUACCACAGCAUUCUGCAGCGAUACGCCAUCCCAUCUGUUUUGGGCUUAGUGGGACUAUCAUUUGUUUUUCAACAGGACAAUGACCCAACACACCUCCAGGCUGUGUAAGGGCUAUUUUACCAAGGAGAGUGAUGGAGUGCUGCAUCAGAUGACUUUGCCUCCACAAUCCCCCGACCUCAACCAAAUUGAGAUGGUUUGGGAUGAGUCGGACGGCAGAGUGAAGGAAAAGCAGCCUACAAGUGCUCAGCAUAUGUGGGAACUACUUCAAGACUGUUGGAAAAGCAUUCUAGGUGAAGCUGGUUGAGAGAAUGCCAAGAGUGUGCAAAGCUGUCAUCAAGGCAAAGGGUGGCUAUUUGAAGAAUCUGAAAUAUAAAAUAUAUUUUGAUUUGUUUAACACUUUUUUGGUUACUACAUGAUUCCAUAUGUGUUAUUUCAUAGUUUUGAUGUCUUCGCUAUUAUUCUGCAAUGUAAAUAAUAGUAAAAAUAAAUAAAAACUCUUGAAUGAGUUGGUGUGUCCAACCUUUUGACUGGUAGUGUAUAUACACAUACAUACAUGCAUGCAUACAUACAUGCGUACAUACAGUGCCUUCGGAAAGUUUUCAGACCAUUUUGUUAUGUCACAGCCUUAUUCUAAACUGGAUUAAAUUUAAAAAAUCCUUAUCAAUCUACACACACUACCUCAUAAUGUCAAAGUGAAAACAGGUUUUUAGAAAUGUCUGAUCAUUUAUUAAAUUAAAUGUAUUUACAUAAGUAUUCAGACCCUUUGCUAUGAGACUCGAAAUUGAGCUCAGGUGCCUCCUGUUUCCAUUGAUCAUCCUUGAUGUUUCUACAACUUGAUUGGAGUCCACCUGGGGUAAAUUAAAUUGAUUGGACAUGAUUUGGAAAGGCACACACUUUAUCUAUAUAAGGUCCCACAGUGGACAGUGCAUGUCAGUGCAAAAACCAAGCCAUGAGGUCGAAGGAAUUGUCCGUAGAGCUCCGAGACAGGAUUGUGUCAAUGCACAGAUCUGGGGAAGUUACCAAAAAAUGUCUACAGCAUUGAAGGUCCCAAGAGCACAGUGGCCUCCAUCAUUCUUAAAUGGAAGAAGUUUGGAAUCACCAAGACUCUUCCUAAAGCUGGCCGUCCGGCCAAACUGAGCAAUCUGGGGAGAAGAGCCUUGGUCAGGGAGGUGACCAAGAACCCGAUGGUCACUCUGAUAGAGGUCUAGAGUUCCUCUGUGGAGAUGGAAAAAAACUUCCAUAAUGACAAGCAUCUCUGCAGUACUCCACUUAUCAGGCCUUUAUGGUAGAUUGACCAGACGGAAGCCACUCCUCAGUAAAAGGAACAUGAAAUGCCGCUUGGAGUUUGCCAAAAGGCACCUAAAGACUCUCACCAUGAGAAACAAGAUUCUCUGGUCUGAUAAAACCAAGAUUGAACUAUUUGGCCUCAAUGCCAAGCGUCACAUAUGGAGGAAACCUGUCACCAUCCAUACGGUGAAGCAUGGUGUGGGGAUGUUUUUCAGCGGCAGGGACUGGGAGACUAGUCAGGAUCAAGGGAAAGGUGAACGGAGCAAAGUAAAGAGAGAUCCUUGAUGAAAACCUGCUCCAGACCGCUCAGGACCUCAGACUGGGGCGAAUGUUCACCUUCCAACAGGACAACAACCCUAAGCACACAGCCAAGACAACGCAGGAGUGGCUUCGGGACAAGUCUCUGAAUGUCCUUGAGUGGCCCAGCCAGAGCCCGGACUUGAACCCAAUCGAACAUCUCUGGAGAGACCUGAAAAUAGCAGUGCAGCGACGCUCCCCAUCUAACCUCACAGAGCUUGAGAGGAUCUGCAGAGAAGAAUGGGAGAAGCUCACCAAAUACAGGUGUGCCAAGCUUGUAGCGUCAUACCCAAGAAGACUCAAGGCUGUAAUCGCUGCCAAAGGUGCUUCAACAAAGUACUGAGUAAAGGUUCUGAUGACUUAUGUAAAUGUUAUAUUUCCGUUUUUAAUUUUUAAUAACUUUGCUAACAUUUCUGAAAACCUGUUUUUGCUUAGUCAUUAUGGGGUAUUGUGUGUAUAAUGAUGAGGGGGAAAAACUAAUUAAUCCAUUUUUAGAAUAAGGCUGUAACAUAACAAAAUUUGGGGAAAGUCAAUGGGUCUGAAUACUUUCCGAAUGCACUGUAUGUAGGUAUGUAUGUGUGUAUAUAUGUAUAUGUGUGUGUAUAUAUUUAAAUAUUUAUUUCAAUAUAGUAUGAGGGAAAAAAGUAUUUGAUCCCCUGCUGAUUUUGUACGUUUGCCCACUGACAAAGACAUGAUCAGUCUAUAAUUCUAAUGGUAGGUGCUCUUAAUCUCAGUUUGUUACCUGUAUAAAAGACACCUGUCCACAGAAGCAAUCAAUUAAUCAGAUUCCAAACUCCACCAUGGCCAAGACCAAAGAGCUCUCCAAGGGAGUCAGGGACAAGAUUGUAGACCUACAUAAGGCUGGAGACACCAUAAGACCAUCGCCAAGCAGCUUGGUGAGAAGGUGACAACAGUUGGUGCGAUAUUUCGCAAAUGGAAGAAACACAAAAGAACUGUCAAUCUCCCUCGGCCUGGGGCUCCAUGCAAGAUCUCACCUCGUGGAGUUGCAAUGAUCAUGAGAACGAUGAGGAAUCAGCCCAGAACUACAUGGGAGGAUCUUGUCAAUGAUCUCAAGGCAGCUGGGACCAUAGUCACCAAGAAAACAACACUACGGUUGUAGCACACUACGCCGUGAAGGACUGAAAUCCUACAACGCCAGCAAGGGCCCCCUGCUCAAGAAAACACAUAUACAGGGCCGUCUGAAGUUUGCCAAUGAACAUCUGAAUGAUUCAGAGGAGAACUGGGUGAAAGUGUUGUGGUCAGAUGAGACCAAAAUCGAGCUCUUUGGCAUCAACUCAACUCGCCGAGUUUGGAGGAGGUGGAAUGCUGCCUAUGACCCCAAGAACACCAUCCCCACCGUCAAACAUGGAGGUGGAAACAUUAUGCUUUGGGGGUGUUUUUCUGCUAAGGGGACAGGACAACUUCACCGCAUCAAAGGGACGAUGGACGGGGCCAUGUACCGUCAAAUCUUGGGUGAGAACCUCCUUCCCUCAGCCAGGGCAUUGAAAAUGGGUUGUGGAUGGUAUUCCAGCAUGACAAUGACCCAAAACACACGGCCAAGGCAACAAAGGAGUGGCUCAAGAAGAAGCACAUGAAGGUCCUGGAGUGGCCUAGCCAGUCUCCAGACCUUAAUCCCAUAGAAAAUCUGUGGAGGGAGCUGAAGGUUCGAGUUGCCAAACGUCAGCCUCGAAACCUUAAUGACUUGGAGAAGAUCUGCAAAGAGGAGUGUAACAAAAUCCCUCCUGAGAUGUGUGCAAUCCUGGUGGCCAACUACAAGAAACGUCUGACCUCUGUGAUUGCCAACAAGGGUUUUGCCACCAAGUACUAAGUCAUGUUUUGCAGAGGGGUCAAAUACUUAUUUCCCUCAUUAAAAUGCAAGUUAUUCUGUCUCGCACUGUUCAAAUAAACCUACCAUUAAAAUUAUAGACUGAUCAUGUCUUUGUCAGUGGGCAAACGUACAAAAUCAACAGGAGAACAAAUACUUUUUUCCCUCACUGUAGUUGACUUUGACAAUAGUGCAUCUUUCUAGACAAAACCAUUCCUCUCUCUAUUAAAGAGAUUCUCUGGUACUUUUGUAUAUUUUUUAAGCCAGUAGUUCUGAAAGUAGCGCUAACGAGCCACAAAUGAUCCCUGAAAAUUGCGUACUAUGUCACAUGUGCAGAUUUGUGCAACACGUCAUUGCUUUCUCUCUCGCUCUGCUGUGGGUGCAUCAUGUGUAUCUUGCGGACACUUAUAUGGUGAGGGGCUGAAGCUCAUUGGUUGAACUGCUAGGGGACUGGGCCAUGUGGGGGAAAAUGUAGGGGAAAUGGCGCAGCAUAGCUUUUACACAUUGACCCAUCCAGCCCAAAGCGGGAGGCUUAAAAAAUCUACUUAGUAGUUGCCAAUGUUCCGGAGCAUGUCUUUAACCUGUUCUUCCUUUUCUGUAUGUUAUACAGAUGAUUUGGAGGUGGUGAAGCCAGUGCGUCCCGACUGCUACAAGCACUUCACCCCACGUUUCAAAACCUCCACCCUUGACCAGGUAGAGAGCACCUCUCUCCGGCUCAAGUCCCGUCAUUGAGAAAUAAGGAAGCCCACGUUAUAAAUGCUUGCAUUCCAAGCAUUCUGUCUGUUUUUCUCCAUCACAGAGUACUGCAACUCCCCAACCGGGCGAAGAGGGCCUGAGUCUGAAAGCGGUGAUUGGUUACAAUGGCAAUGGGCGGGCCAACAUGGUGUGGAAUCCAGAAACAGGUCAAACCUUGCUCUUGUUCAACUGAUUUCAUUGGCUGACUAAAAUAUAAACUGAUAGAAUACCGAAAAUAUUAUGAUGCAGUUAUAAUGCAUUGUAAGACUUGUCAUAAGCAUGUAUGACCCGACCUCUUAUGUCUCUUUCUUUCUUAUUUACAGUUUCAUUGCUGUUUGUUUAUGUUAUGUGGUUGUGUUGACUGAUUGCAGGUCUGUUUGGGUACUCCUGUGGUGGUUAUGUGGUUGUAUACUUUCCUGUAUGUAGCUUCUUACUUUCUCGUGUUAUUAUUUUAAUUUCUCUUGCAUUUUUGUUCUACCUUAUGUUAUUUUUAGUACUACAUUGAUAUUGAUUGCUGCAUUGUUGGGUUUGGCGCUUGCAAGAAAGGCAUUUUACAGUACUCGUGCACGUUACAUUAAAACUUGAAACUUGACAGAUUGCAGGUCUUUUUGCGUACUCCUGUGAUUGUGUGGUGGUGUUGACUGGUUGCAGGUCUGUUUGCGUACUCCUGUGGUUGUGUGGUGGUGGUGGAGAACCUACACACUGGCUCCCAGAGACACUGGCUGGGCCACACUGAGGAGAUCUCCUCUCUGGCUGUUACCAAUGACGCACAGGUAAGCCUCUAGUCUCCUCCUGCGUGAGUGAGGAUGAUGAGGAUGAAGGUGGUGGACUGUGCUGGUGCCAAUAAGGAUGAUGCAUUCGCUGUGUCUCAACCACUGUCUGAAUGUGAUUUCUCUGUGUGACUGACUGAAUACCAACUUUACUUAUUUGUAUUUAGUUGUGCUAAGUCUGAAUUAUCCUGUUUAAAGUGUUUAUGUGACUGUGAUCCUUUCUAACUAGACAGGUGAUUUUAUGAGUGAUUGCACAGCUCUGAAUGUGUGUUGUUCUCUUCCAGACGGUGGCCUCGGCAGCAGGGGGCAGCGGUGGCUCCAGGAGCCUCAUCUGCAUCUGGAACGUACAGGACGGAACCUGCAGUAAUACCAUAUCCUACCACCGGGGGGCAGUGCAGGCCCUGGCCUUCUCCAGGGAUGAUUUCUUCUUCCUCACUGUGGGUCAGUGGAACAGUCCUUCAAGGACAAGUGGCCCUGUUCUAAUAAUUUGAUGUAUCCUUCCUUCCUUCUUUCCCUGAAGUAAUCACUGAUUAAGAACAAUUGGAUAGGUGAAAGCAAGAGUUUCACUACUUAAGGCUAGGCAAAUCCCCGCCUUAUCUUAGCUCAUUGGUCACCAUAGCAACACCCACCCGUAGUAUGCGCUCCAGCAGGUAUAUCUCACUGGUCAUCCCCAAAGCCAACACCUCCUUUGGCCGCCAUUCCUUCCAGUUCUCUGCUGCCAAUGACUGUAACGAACUGCAAAAAUCUCUGAAGCUGGAGACUCUUAUCUCCCUCACUAACUUUAAGCAUCAGUUGUCAGAGCACCUUACCGAUCACUGCAACUGUACACAGCCCAUCUGAAAUUAGCCCACCCAACUACCUCAUCCCCAUAUUGUUAUUUAUUUUGCUCAUUUGCACCCCAGUAUCACUAUUUGCACAUCAUCUCUUGCACAUCUAUUACAUGUACAUUUUAGUCAUUUAGCAGACGCUCUUAUCCAGAGCGACCGUGGGAAACGAAACCACAACCCUGCCGUUGCAAGCGCCAUGCUCUACCAACUGAGCUACAGGGAUCUAUCAUUCCAGUGUUAAUACUAAUUGUAAUUAUUUUGCACUAUGGCCUAUUUAUUGCCUUACCUCCAUAACUUGCUACAUUUGCACACACUGUAUAUAUUUUUUCUGUUGUAUUUUUUUUUACUUUAUGUUUUGUUUUACCCCAUAUGUAACUCUGUGUUGUUGUUUUUAUCGCACUGCUUUGCUUUAUCUUGGCCAGGUCGCAGUUGUAAAUGAGAACUUGUUCUCAACUGGCUUACCUGGUUAAAUAAAGGUUAAAAUAAAAUUAACUUGUCCAGUCACAUACAGAUCAAUGAUUACCUCUAGGAUGAGAGAUAGAAAGGAUGUUUUUUAAAGGUAUUUGAAUCCUGCCUCCUGCAGGGGAUUUCACCGACCCGGAGGUGGCGCUGUGGAGCACCAGGACCUACCAGCUGCUGUCCAGGGUCAGUGUGUCCGGCCCGCUCCACGAUGUGGCCUUCAGCCCCUCUGCAGCCAGCCAGCUGGCCUGUGUGGGCAGCCAGGGACUCUACUUCUGCAACACCCACACACAGGGCCUGGACGUGGAGCUCAAGGUAUCAAUAGAAUUAGAAUUAAUUUCUAAUUCAUUGUAUUUCUAAGAAGGUAACACUGAUACUUUUUCACAUUAUCGUGCCGACCGAAACUAUGCUCUUUUGGCUCACUUUCUAGGGAAUAUGUUUCGGUGUAAUACCAGCCUUCUUUUGUUAAACACUGCAUAUUUCCAGCCUGGUUUGGGCGGGGCAUGUCUAACUAACUAGAGCCCCUCGGCUUGCAUAAAAGCAGGCUGGCUCCAAGUAUGUUCAACAUGUCCUCCCUUAUAGGAAGACAUAUUUCCACAUAACGAGGACAAUCAUUUUUAAUAAAGAAUUUGAAGAAAAAUGUCCACAUUGUGUGGACAAUAAAGUUUUUCUAAUUCAAAUUCUAGGUGCAGAGAGUGUGUGUGCCAGAGGAGUUGGGUGACGUGGAGCCGACGGCUCUGUGCUACAACGCCAACUCCAUCCUCUUCACGGGAACCAACAGUGGACAUGUGUGUGCCUGGGACUGCAACACCCAGCGUUGCUUCAUGACCUGGGAGGCUGACCAGGGGGAGAUAGGUGAGUUACAUUUAAACAUUUUACUCUUAUCCAGACUUCAUUCAACUAAAGUUGGUAAAAAAAAAAAACACAUCACAAUCCUUGCAAAUAAACCCGUCUCCAAAAUAGUUGGUGUGUGUGAGUCUGUAUGUACAGUAUUAGUGUGCGUUUGUGUGUGUUUCUAGGAGUGUUGCUGUGUCGGGGGAACCGUCUGCUGACGGGCAGUAACACUCGCAGGCUGAGGCUGUGGGGCGUGGCAGCUGUACAGGGCAUGAGGCCUGGAGGAGAGGCCUCCAACACAGAGGACAGGUCUGCUGCUCACCGCACACUCCUUCUCAUCCUACACACUACUCCUUACAUACCUUUUUCAUCAUCCUCCUAUGUUACAUAGUGUAUCUUCUCAUGACAUGUCUUUAAAGCCCAUUCAUCUCUGUGGCCUGUUGUUUUAUAUACCUUAAAAAUGUGGUAUUUAGUUAAAGCUGCAAUAUGUAACUUUUUGGGGUGAACCGAUCAAAUUCACAUAGAAAUGGUAGUUACAGGUCUGUCAAUCUCAUUGAAAGUAAGUCUAAGAAACGGUAGAUUUGUUCUAUGUGCGCUAUUUCUUUGCUUCUCGUUCUAAAGUUUAGUUUGUUCGUCUUUUACGGCAGAGCGAUUUCUGCAUAUUGUACCUUUAAAUACACUAAACAAAAAUAUGUAAAGUGUUGUUUUACAUCCCUGUUAGUGAGCAUUUAUACUUGGCCAAGAUAAUCCAUCCACUUGACAGGUGUGGCAUAUCAAUAAGAUGAUUAAACGGCAUUAUCAAUACACAGGUGCACCUUGUGCUGGGGACAAUAAAAGGCCACUCUAAAACGUGCAGUUUUGUCACACAACACAAUGCCACAGAUGUCUCCAGUUUUGAGGGAGUAUGCAAUUGGCAUGCAGACUGCAGAAAUGUCCACCAGAGCUGUUGCCAGAGAAUUGAAUGUUCAUUUCUUUACCAUAACCCGCCUCCAACGUCGCUUUAGAGAAUUUGGCAGUACGUCCAACCGGCCUCACAACCGCAGACCACGUGUAACCACACCAGCCCAGGACCUCCACAUCUGGCUUUGUCCCCUUCUGGAUUGUCUGAGACUAGCCAUCUGUGGGUUUGCACAACAGAAGAAUGUCUGCACAAACUGUUAGAAACCGUCUCAGGGAAGCUCAUCUGCGUGCUCGUUGUCCUCACCAGGGUCUUGACCUGACUGCAGUUCGGUGUCGUAACUGACUUAAGUGGGCAAAUGCUCACUUUCGAUGGGCACUGGCAUGCUGAAGAAGUGUGCUCUUCACGAAUGAAUCCCAGUUUUAACUGUAUCGAUGGCAGACCGCGUGUAUGGCGUUGUGUGGGCGAGUGGUUUGCUGAUGUCAAUGUUGUGAACAGAGUGCCCCAUGGUGGUGGUGGGGUUAUGGUAUGGGCAGGCAUAAGCUACGGACAACCAACACAAUUGCAUUUUAUCCAUGGCAAUUUGAAUGCACAGAUACUGUGACGAGAUCCUGACGCCCAUUGUCGUGCCAUUCAUCCGCCGCCAUCACCUCAUGUUUCACUAUGAUAAUGUACAGCCCCAUGUCGCAAGGAUCUGUACUCCAUUCCUGGAAGCUGAAAUGUCCCAGUUCUUACAUGGCCUGCAUACUCACCAGACAUGUCACCCAUUGAGCAUGUUUGGGAUGCUCUGGAUCGACGUUUACGAGAGCAUGUUCCAGUUCCCGCCAAUAUCCAGCAACUUCUCACAGCCAUUGAAGAGGAGUGGGACAACAUUCCACGGGCCACAAUCAACAGCCUGAUCAACUCUAUGCGAAAGAGAUGUGUCGCGCUGCAUGAGGCAAAUGGUGGUUUUCUGAUCCACGCCCCUACUUUUUCAUUUUUACGUACUGUGACCAACAGCUGCAUAUCUGUAUUCCCAUGUGAAAUCCAUAGAUUAGGGCCUAGUUCAUGUAUUUCAAUUGACUGAUUUCCUUAUAUGAACUGUAACUCACUCAAAUCUUUGGAAUUGUUGCAUGUUGCUUUUAUAUUUUUGUUCAGUGUAUAUGUAUUGCAUCAGUGCGAUCGUGUGAGGCUAUUACGUUUUAUAUAGAGAACCACUCUUAUUCAAUUAAUUGGCUACUAUUGGCUUAUUUUAAUUUGAUCUAAUGGUCUACUCUCAUUGGUCCUUGCCUCUGUCUGUCAGAGGCGCUCUGGUGCUAUUGGAGCAGGAGAUGAUGCUGGACGGGACGGUGGUGUGCGCGGCCUUUGAUGACGUCAUGGACAUGGGCAUCGUGGGCACCACAGCGGGCACCCUGUGGUACAUCAACUGGGUGGACAACACCAGCAUCCGCCUCAUCAGCGGGCACAAGAGCAAGGUACACUAUGUGUGCCAGUGUGUGUGUCAGUGCAGCGUUUGUGCCAGUGUGUGCAUGUGUCAGUGUGUUUGAGUUUUGGAGCCUGUAUGAGCGUUCAUUGUUGACACCUCCAUCCAUACAUUGAAUGACCCGCUCUCUCCCCCCCCCGGUGGCCAGGUAAAUGACGUGGUGUUCAGCCCAGACGAGAGCCACUUUGCCACCUGUGGGGAUGACGGCAGUGUGAGGGUGUGGUCGGCCCCCAGCAACGAGCUGGUGGUGCAGUUUCAGGUGCUCAACCAGGUGAGGCUGCAAGACAAACACUAAGGCUAAGAUGGCCGUAUGGAUUCAUAAAGACUUUAUAACACAAGCGUUAAAGCUUUCCAGCACUGUGACGGAUUUCCGUCAUAUGGAUUAUUUUUUGUUUCCAAUUGAAAAUGACUGGAAGUGGUGAAACUCAGUUUUAAUACAUGUACAAAAUGAUCCUCUCUCCCUAAAAGCAUGAAGGUCAUGACAAUUUUAAAUGAAAGGGGAGGAUAACUUGGGCCAGCAGACAAUCGAUCUGAGAUCGACUUAAGUGUCAGUCAUGGGGUUUGUUGUUGUUGUUGCUUUAACCCCUGAUAACACCUAUAUAUAUUAAUAUAUACAUUAACAGCAGCCAUACGCUGCCACUUAUAAACAACAUAACAUUUUGUGAAGCAUGUUAUAAUUAGAGCUAUGACAUGAACAGCAAACUGUUCUUUUCUCUUCUUUUCAACUACCACAUUACACAUUUAAAAUUUUAGUCAUUUAGCAGACGCUCUUAUCCAGAGCGACUUACAGUUAGUGAGUGCAUACAUUUUUCAUACUGGCCCCCCGUGGGAAUCGAACCCACAACCCUGGCGUUGCAAACGCCAUGCUCUACCAACUGAGCUACACGGGUUACAUGACUGUAUAUCACAUGCUGUAACCAUUCCACUAUGACAUGGUACUUACAAGGCUAAAUGCCACAUUAUGAGGGAGAAACUCCAAUGCAUCAUGCACCAGUUAUAAACCUAUGGUCUGACAGUCAAUAUCUACACCCCUGAUUCUUUUCCCUGUCCCUUCUGUCUGUCAGAGCUGUGGUAGUGCGUGCUGGAGCCCAGUCGUCAGUCCCUCUAAAGGGGGUGCGUGUGUGGUGGGGGGGUACAGCGACGGGACCCUAAGGAUCUUUCACCUGGCCUCCUCAGAGAUGGAGCUCAAGCUGCACCCGCACCCUGUGGCCAUCACCGCCAUCCAGUACUCCGCUAACGGUGUGUGUGUGUGUGUGUGUGUUUGGGGAGGUUUAUCUGUCAAUGCUACCAGUGGACAUUGUCUCUUGUGUGAGUUUAUGAUAGUCAGACUUUCCUAUUCAUGUUUAGAAUGUGAUAGCACUAUUUCUGUUGGGACACUGUUAGUAUGUCAUUUGCACAGUUUGUAUGUCAUUUACACAGUUUGUAUGUCAUUUACACAGUUUGUCAUUUCACUGGGAUGUAUAAUACACAUUGCCAAUAACGGAGGCUAUGUGUGACCUCUGACCCUCAGGUCAGGUGAUCCUCUCUGCGGGGAGGGACGGCCUGAUGGCUGUCAGCAGCCCAGUGACCGGGGUUACCGUUCGUAUCAUCAGCGACCACAAGGGGGCGCCCAUCACUACCAUCCAGUGUGUGAAGAAACAGGUCAGGGCCCAUAUUCAUGUGUCGCAGAGUAGGAGUGUAGAUCUAGGAUCAGUUUUGCCUUUCAAAGUAUAAUGAAUAAAAGGGGGGACCUGAUCCUAUAGCACACAUAUAAUUAAUAGAACAGACUUCUGUGUGACAGCUUCUGAGGUUACUAGUGUAACUGUUUUUGAGGAGCUACUAAGAAUCUACAUGAAGGAAUUGUCGUCAUGCAUUUUGUCCACCAGUACAAAGAAUUUGGGCUUGAAGGAAACGAGAUGUGGUUGGCUGCCAGUGCAGACAGACGGGUCAGCGUUUGGGCAGCUGAUUGGAUGAAGGACAAGUGUGAGCUCCUGGAUUGGCUCACAUUUCCAGCCCCCGCCAAUCCUGAGGUAAACCUCUCUUUAUAGGCAUGUAUACACAUACAUGCACAUGGCCACAAAAUGAAUAGCAUGGAAUUCAGUCUGUUAGACAAGCAAUUUCAGGUGAGGAUGUUGUUCAGGAUGGUGGGAAUUCAGACCCAAGUUACGGGCGCAUAAAUGGAACUUCCCUUUUUAUGCACUUUUCUCUCUCUAUUCUGACCUUGAACUUAAAGCUGCAAUAUGUAACUUUUUAGGCGACCUGACCAAAUUCAUAUAGAAAGUUAGUUAUAGAUCUGUCAUCUCAUUGAAAGCAAGUCUAAUAAGUGGUAGAUCUGUUUUAUGUGCGUAAUUUCUAUGCUUUCCGUUCUUAAGUAUAAUUUUUGCGUCUUUUGCUUUCGGUUUUGUACACCAGCUUCAAACAGCUGAAAAUACAAUAUUUUUGGAUAUGGAAAAUAUUUUUCACAGCGGUUUAGAUGGUACAAUGAUUCUCUACACAAUGACUGCUUGUUUUGUCACAAACUGAAAUUAGGCAAACUAUUAGAAUUUUAGCAACUAGGAAAUGGCGGAGCGAUUUCUGCAUAUUACACCUUUAAGCAUGGGGAAAUGCUUGUGCCAGCCAGGUAUUCGUUUGGGGGGGGGGCGUAAAUCACCGAAAUCAAAGUGUGGCAAAGGUGUGUCUACAGAUACGCCAUAUUCUGACCUUGACUUAAUACAACUAUCUUUACGUGUGAGGAAACCAUGAAUAAGGUCGCGCAAACCUGUUCCAAGUAUAUAUAUUUAUUUCGGAUCUAAAUAACACCAUUCUCCAUGCACUUUAAUUUACAAAUUGAUAAGAGUUAUUGAUAAGACCUAGGUAAAUGAAUAAUCCGUUUGGAGAAGGGGAUUGUAAAUACAAAUAGAAAUUGAUUUAGAUGAUUUUUCCUUCUGAUCGCUGGAGACGAAUGUGAAACCAGUAAUGGAGCAAAGUGAAAAGCAUAUCAAGAUUACAGGUAUUUCCACCCCUUUCCCACAGUGAACUAUAAAAUGCUUUGACCUUUUGCAUAGUUUAAAUUGUAUGGCCUUUUAACUUGCAGUGAUGAAACUUGGAGACUCAAGCCAAAUGGGUAGGCUACUGCAGCCAGGAGCAUGUGAUGUCGAUGCAAAGCAGUCGCGCCAAAUUUACCUUUGGGCACUCUCAAAGUUUUCAUUAUAUGCCCAGACUUUCUCUGUUUCCUAUUUCUAUCAUGUUAAAUAUUAGCCAAUAUCAGUAUUGACCGUCAGUAAUAACCACACACAUUUAACUGCCAGUUUACUGUUAGUUCCCUUCAGUAUAGCCUACAGUUCGUAUCAUUUAAUUUAUUCAUUGUUUUUGUUAACUUUCAUUUGCUUCCUUUGUAAACGCUGUCACUUCCGUGUGGUUGUUGUUGAGGAUCACUAGUAAUAAUGUCAAAAAAAAUGGACAUGUAGACUAAUUAAAUCAUUAUGGAGCGCAGACCAAGCCAUAACAGUUUGAACCUGACACAUGGCACAACACUUGGCCAUGCCAUCACGCAGUUCCAAGUCAGAGUGGCCAGUAGGCCAGGGCAUACUAAUGUACACUAUUCUCCCUAUUAUAUUUUUAUGUACACUAAUGUUCCAACAUAACCAUAGGUUGAAGAACUGAAUGUGCCAAUUUUCAGAAUUAAUCAAACCACCAUUUUAUCUUUAAUCAAUCUCCAUUCUGAACACAUUCUCCAUAGGAUACAUUCUAAUGUGCUGAUCAAAUUAAAGGUACACAGUAUUUAAAGGGAUGCUUUUUAAAUGAACAGAAAAACACAUUGAAGAUCCAGUUGGUAGGCCACCCAGUGGGUGUGUUUUCUGUGAUUGAAUUACAUUUAUUCAGCGCGCGCAAGGGAGCCACACCCGCAUGUGCAUAGGGUAGGUCUGAAGACUAAAUACCGAGAAGUGCUUCAAUCAAAACGGGUAAAAAAGGCAUACAUUUCCUAAGUCUGAAUCAGACCCAAUGUGAAGCGCAAGGUGAGACAUUUGUGAUAUCAGUCAACGACUCUGUUUUUACUUGAAAAUCCUUUCUCAACCUUGCAAGCAUUUAAUAUUUUUACUGUGAACAUUUCUGUGUUUUAAAACAGGUUUAAAACAGGUAAUGAACUUCAAGUCCUCUAUCGCUCACUCUCUUUGUCUUUCUCUCUCUAUCAGGAGUCAGACAGCCUUCCUCCCAGCCUGGCUGCUUUCAGCCCCAUAGACCCUGGCCUGGUGGUGUACACAGGCUAUGGAGUGGAGAGAGAGCUGUCCUUCUACAGCCUGGCCAAGAAACGGGUCAUAAAGAAGAUUGCCCUGUCCCAUUGGGCCAUGUGCUUCAGCCUCUCCUCCAAGGGUCGCCUCAUAGCAGUGGGCUCAAAAGGUGCAUGUCACUUCUCUUUUACCUCUCUCAUUUCAGUUUUACAAUGUGACUGGUGUGUCUCGUGUUUUGUGUAGUAAAAGGCACCUUGUAUGCUAGCAGGGACUGAAGUAUUAAAAUAAUCUACAUUAAACCCAUCAAAAGCAGACCAGCUUGGCACGGGCUUGCUUGGUAUUUUUCAAAUUUACCAUACAGCAUCAGAAUGAGUUUGACAAAUCACCAGCCUGUGUGUCUCUCUGCGCAAUACUGUACGCAAUAAUACAUUCUGUAUGUACACUACCAGUCAAAAGUUUGGACACACCUACUCAUUCAAGGGUUUUUCUUUAUUUUUACAAUAUUUUACAUUGGAGAAUAAUAGUGAAGUCAUCAAAACUAUGAAAUAACACAUGGAAUCAUGUAGUAACCAAAAAAGUGUUAAACAAAUCAAAAUAUAUUUUAUAUUUGAGAUUUUUCAAAUAGCCACCCUUUGACUUGAUGACAGCUUUGCACACGCUUGGCAUUCUCUCAACCAGCUUCAUGAGGUAGUCACCUGGAAUGCAUGCAAUUAAAAUACCAAGUCCGUAUUAUGCCAAGAACAGCUCAAAUAAGCAAAGAGAAACGACAGUCCAUCAUCUCCCGAGUGGCGCAGUGGUCUAAGGCACUGCAUUGCAGUGCUAGCUGUGCCACUAGAGAUCCUGGUUUCGAAUCCAGGCUCUGUCGUAGACGGCCGCGACCGGGAGAUCCAUGGGGCGGCGCACAAUUGGCCCAGUGUCGUCCAGGGUAGGGGAGGGAAUGGCCGGCAGGGAUGUAGCUCAGUUGGUAGAGCGUGGCGUUUGCAACGCCAGGGUUGUGGGUUCGAUUCCAGUAUGAAAAAAAAUUACAAAAAAAAUAAUGUAAGUCGCUCUGGAUAAGAGCGUCUACUAAAUGACUAAAAUGUAAAUGUAAUGAAGGUCAGUCAAUACGGAACAUUUCAAGAACUUUGAACGACACAUCUCAACAUCAACUGUUCAGAGGGGACUGUGUGAAUCAGGCCUUCAUGGUCGAAUUGCUGCAGUAAACCACUACUAAAGGACACCAAUAAGAAGAAGAGACCUGCUUGGGCCAAGAAACACAAGCAAUGGACAUUAGACCGGUGGAAAUGUGUCCUUUGGUCUGGAGUCCAAAUUUGAGAUUUUUGGUUCCAACCACCGUGUCUUUGUGAGAUGCGGUGUGGGUGAACGGAGGAUCUCCACAUGUGUAGUUCCCACCGUAAAGCAUGGAGGAGGAGGUGUUAUGGUGUUGGGGGUGUUUUGCUGGUGACACUGUCUGAGAUUUAUUUAGAAUUCAGGACACACUUAACCAGCAUGGCUACCACAGCAUUCUGCAGCAAUACGCCAUCCCAUCUGGUUUGGGCUUAGUGGGACUAUCAUUUGUUUUUCAACAGGACAAUGACCCAACACACCUCCAGGCUGUGUAAGGGCUAUUUUACCAAGAAGGAGAGUGAUGGGUGCUGCAUCAGAAGACCUGGCCUCCACAAUCCCCCGACCUCAACCAAAUUGAGAUGAUUUGGGAUGAGUCGGACGGCAGAGUGAAGGAAAAGCAGCCAACAAGUGCUCAGCAUAUGUGGGAAACUACUUCAAGACUGUUGGAAAAGCAUUCCAGGUGAAGCUGGUUGAGAGAAUGCCAAGAGUGUGCAAAGCUGUCAUCAAGGAAAAGGGUAGCUAUUUGUAGAAUCUCAAAUAUAAAAUAUAUUUUGAUUUGUUUAACACUGUUUUGGUUACUACUACUACAUGAUUCCAUAUGUGUUAUUUCAUAGUUGUGAUGUCUUCACUAUUAUUCUACAAUGUAGAAAAUAGUAAAAAAUAAAGAAAAACCCUUGAAUGAGUAGGUGUGUCCAAACUUUUGACUGGUACUGUAUGUAAAUAGGUUGCAUCAAGUUGCUGUGUGUUGUCUCUCUCUCAGAGCGAGUGCUGAAGCUCAUCAAAUCAUCCAGCGGUAGGUUCCAGGACUUCCUCCACCACAGUGACUCUUUGCAGACCUGUCGAUUCUCCCCCUCAGGGAAACUCCUCUUCACCGUCGCCUACAACGAGAUCCUGCUGUGGGAGGUGCAUGGCCUGUAG